AUAUUUGUUGAUGUGUCAUAUCAAAGUGACUUGUUGGGCUAUUAGCUGGUAAAGCAGAGGACUCAAAGUUCAGUAUCGUCGCGAAUGACUAUGCAUUGAGCUUCAUCAUGUGGUUGUCGCAUUCGGUGGGUGAAAAUAUAACCAUCCUUGUCCGUCGUUUAUGUCAGGGGCUGGCGUUAGCUCGGCUAACUGUACUCUGAGCGGAUUGUACUUUAAACCUAGCAAGCUAACGCCUCUUACCACUGUUAGCCGAGCUAGCUUCAGUCACUGGUGGCCUCAUACAAUAUGUCAGUACAAGCGUCAGCAUCAAAUGUGUUAAAGUAACUGCUUCUUAGAUUUCUUUGUUUAAAUAUGUGUUGUUUAAUGUGUGUUUCACUGUAUCUUGUCGGUGCUAGCUUACCGGCUAAGGAGCUAUGCUCAGCAUUAGUGGAGCUAAUGUUCAUUUAAGCGUCGAUGUGUUGAUAAAACAGCCGAAAAUACAAGUGGGACAUUUGCCGCUGCUUACGAACUACACAGAUAUCAAACAGCAGUGUGUCUCUAUUGAAACGACUACUUAGAUUACCUUGACUGCAUUGAUGGCCUGACACCUGUCACUACAGCAUCAACGUCGUUGUGUGUGUUUUAGCUGCUUAACAUGUCAAGCUUGACAGUGUUUCUGUAUCUAUGCUACAUUUUACCCUAGUAAGAUCACGGUAAACAGAAGGAAUUUAGUUUGCAUCCUAAGAUUUAUUUCUUUGAAAUUGAUAAAAAGGGGUAAGAGGGAAAACUAUACAAGGCAGAAGCAGUGGCAUGAGGAUGCUGUGGGGAUUUACACAACAGAGGAAAGGGCCUUCAUUAUAAAGCAUCUUUUAAUGACAGUUAACAAUGGGGUUGCUCAAUUGUCUACAUUUUCUGUUAUUUUGUAGGUGUAAAAGGCAAGGUUAAUGUGUUUUUUGUCUAUAUGUAGCUGCGAGUGACUUCAGACAUUUCUUAUCUCUGAGAGAGUGAAAAAAAAAAUCAUGUUUUCCUUAUUGAAACAAAAUAUUCAAACAACAUCAUCUUCCCAGCAUUUUCCCAGUCACUGUAUACUUGUAGACUGACAUGUUGAGUCAUUGGUUGAUGCAUCUUAAAGAGAAAUACAUCUGAGUGAGGCUGUGUAAAAAUUUUGAACACCUUGGAUUUUUUAUGUUGUUUGCUGCAUGACUCAAAGUGUCACUACGUCACAGGUGUUGAAAAGUACACACCUCUCUGUGGGGUUUAAAACAAUCGAGUAUGUGUAUGUCAGGCAUCUGAAGUAUGUGUUCCUUCAGGUAACAAAUAAACUUGCAAAUCCUGCGAGAUCUAACAUGAGGAAAUAUGAGGCUUAUUGUUGGGAUUAUCAGGGUUUUUCCUGUCUCGACACAGGAACACUAAGCACCUGCAGUUUUUGAUUGUUCACAGGAAAACUUGUGUCACAUGAUUUCUGGAAACAUGGCUUAUUAGUCUUUCCUUUGCUGACUCAGUGUCCUUCUUUCUUUGCUGUGUCUGCCCUCCCCCCCUUGUCUCUGGUAGAUCUGAAACAGAGAGGGACCAAGGAAAAGCCUGGUCCUGCUUCAGAUAAACACAUGAUGGAAGGAUCAGAGGCUGAACCUGCAUCAGAGGGGUCACAACCAGCGAGCCAGCUUCACAACAGUGCAAACGGGGCAGAGAAGCUCAGUCAAGCGAAAGAUAACGCACAGCUUGACAGUGAAUCAAUCAGGACUGAGACAGAUGUCGAUGAGGAUGAAAAGCUAAAAAUGGAAGCUCAAAUAUGCAGUCAGGACAAUAUAGAUAUGAACAAGCUAGAAGCUGAAACCAGUUCUGAUAGCAGUUCAGUUAAAGAUGGGGUACUUUCACUUUCAACUGAGGUUAGUGGAGUUUUGGCAGGCUCAGUCUCCAUGAUAAACAAUGUGGUAGAAAGCUCCCCGUCUGUUCUUGAAGGGACUAUAGAAACCUUGUUGACUUUUGAUGAAGUGCAGGAUUCUUAUGCCACCUCUCCGGACAUGGAGCAGCCAUCAGUCUUGUCCACGAAUGGUUCCACAGAGCCAUCCCCUGCUUCAGAAGGGAGUCCAUCAUCCCCUUCCGUCCAGAGCACUUCCAAUAAUUCCCCCACCGACUCUACAACCACCUCUGGGAUCUCUAAUGGCCCAUCUACUCCGGGCUCAGACACUGUCAGCUCCUCACUGGCUUCCAGCCCGCAAACCAACGCCAACACCACAGCCCCUUCACAAGCCCUGUCGAGCCCCUAUGACACUGAUUGCAGCCGAAAGCUUCUAUCACAGAUUCAGCGCUCACUGUCGCAGGAGUCGCUGCUGGAUGAGCUGGAGUCUGAGCUGUUGUCUUGUCAGCUGCCUGAGAGGGAGAGUGGAGGUGAGAGGAAAGGAAGCCCACCAGUCAACGGGCUCCCUCAAGAUCAAGAGGACUGCAUGGUUGUCUUCGAGAAAUGUGUGCAGUACAAAUAUGCGCAGCAAGAGAAGGCUAUCCAAAGGUACACUGCUAUUUCUACUAUGUAUGAGACCAUCUUCAGUAGUCUAACCCCAGACAUUGAGACAAAAUUAAAUAACCCACGUAGCCUACUUUACAUGUCCUUUGGCAAAGUCCACAGGGCUUUAUGUGGUUUUGAAGUUGACCGUGUGUUUCACAUUUAUGUUGACAGGUUGCUUGAGGAGAACAAAAGGCAUCAGGAGCUGAUCUUGGGGAUCUGUUCGGAGAAGGACAACAUGAGGGAUGAGCUGAAAAAGAAGGCAGAAUCAGAAAAGCUGCACAUGGCCACAAUAAAAAAGGCAAGUUUUGUUCUCUAUAGUAUAGUAUACAUUCAUCAUUGACUACUUUAAAGCAUAAACAUAGCUGGUGUAAGCUUAUCUAUUCCGUGGUCUCAGUGAAAGCACAUUCUGAAAUAGUGGUUGUCAUGAGUGUCUCUCCAGGCUGUAUUUAAUCCCUAUUUGAAAACAAUCGCCACCUAUUCAUGGUAUGUUUGUUUUUUUAUCAACAAGGAAGCGCUCUACUAUGAUGCAUUGUCUGUCUUCCUGAGCCAGAUAUGGAGUUCUGUUUAAAGUCGUCAUGGCACCUGCAUUUUUUUAUUGCUGCUGUUAAAUUAAAAGCUUUCAGAGCUGUGGAGAAAAAGCUUAAAAACGAGUACAAACAAGAGGGCUUUAAGACCCUUUAUUAGUCUGUAAAUAUGCGCCUAGUUGUAAAGUCGUGUUGAUUCAACAUUGCUUUAUGUAAAGGCCAGAAACUGACAUUUAUUAAAUUUCCAUUUGUCCGAAUAAACAACCGGAUAUAUGUGAACUGAAUACCUUGAAUUUGUAAUUGGAUUCCAGUAACAAAUGCUUUUAAGUUGCUGAGCUUCCACACAUUUAAUUUUGAAUUUAUUAUCUUCCAAAAUAAAGUGGUGCAAACUUUAAUAUAUGGGAAAUUCAAGGGCUGGUUCUCUCUGAUCUCUGAUGCUUCUUUUCAAGGACAAAGCAAAGGAAAAAUGGUGUCACGAUGAACCUCCAAUUAAAUGUGGAUCCUCAGCCUGUGCAGCUGGUAAUUAGGGAAGUCAAACAAAGCAGCCUAGAGGAGAGAGCAAAGGGAACACAGAGCUCUGAUUACGAGCAUUCAGCGUGCAUCAUAUGCAUGAGAGGCUGCAUUCAUUUAUGGGAGUUCUGUGUGUUUUUAGAGCAUCUUCUAGUUUGUGUGACAUACCCUUUGAUUAAAAGCUCUGCUGUGUAUGAAGGACAAAUGCAGAUCUCUGUUAGUGAUUGGAUCUUCUGUAUGCAUUGAACACUUAUAGUCAUUUAGUCAUGCCUUAUGGCAAACAGCUUUUGUUCAAGUGUUGCACAGGCUUAAGCGUGUAGGAGAGGUUUUUAUGAUAUGUAUGUGAUGUUUGCUUUGCUUCUUUUACUUUUUUUCCAUUCCCAUUGGUUUUGACGUGAUAGAUUCAACAUCUGUUGUAAAAGCAUUUUCAGGAAUCAGAAAGAGUAAGAUAAAUGUAAGGCUAUACUUCAGACAACAACCUAAAGAAAAAUCUUAGAAAUUAUGAACUAUUUUAAGCCUGGUAAUCUUGAGAAUUUCAGUCAUAUUUUGCUGUGAAAAAAAAAAAACAGAUCUUGGAAGAGAACGUUGUCAAACUGAGUCCCUCCACUUUUGAGUUCUAGGUUUCUUUGCCUGAAACAUUUUGCGUCAAGUGUCAUCCUUUGUUGCUGGUUAACCCGGGUGUGGCCCAGGCUUAUAUGUUGCCCAACAACUUGCUUACCCUGUAUACUCCUCUCCUUGUCUUUUCAGUUGGAGGGCAGGGUGGAGGAGCUGCUGAGGGAGCUGAAGGAGUCGCGCGAUAGACUGACCCAUCAAGAUCGUGUAUCUAAGGCCGCCCUCCAGCAGGUGCAGAAGGAGAUGACAUUCAGGCUAGAACAGGUAAAACUGGAACCGACAUGCUGUGAGUCUUUGAUAAGCUAGUUAUAGCAGCUUAGUUUCACCCUGUCUGAUCCUCAUUUGCAUGUCUGGGCCUGUUUUAUUUUAGGCCGCUUCAACAUCCCUCUGUUGCUGGACUUAACACAACAAACACCAUUAAAAUAUCCGGAUCCGUUUUCCUCCAAAAAGGAAUUUCAGUCUUCGCAAGAGAUCCCUCACAUUUCUUUAGAGUUGUGUUUUUAGUGAAAACAUAUUAAAGUUGCUCCUCCCCAUUAUGACGUUUUUGUUUUGAAAAUAUGCAUUUGCCAUUUAAGUAGAUUACUACUUGGGAAGUUCUACUACAAGGACACCAGACAAAAACAGUUUUAGCAAUACAGUAAAAAUACCAUUUUUUGGAUGUAAGUCUCAAAGCCCAUUAAGUCUUAGACCAGUUUUAAAAUUGGCUGAGUAUCGUUUGGAGGGUGCCACUUCUUCAUCAUUCCUGUGUUUUAUAGCGGGAGUGUUACAAGCAAAUUAAUCACAACCACUCCCUACAAUGAACCAGUUACUAACAGUAUAUUAUCAAAUGCUCACCUUUAGCAUCAUAUCAUAUUUAAAAAUCAGUUUUUAUUUAUAGCUGUAUAUUGUGAUAGCUGUACUAAGAUGAUUAAAACAAAUUAGGGGUUUAUUUUUGACACUACAUGUUACCUGAUAUUCACUUCAAGUGUCAUGGAUAUAUUGACAUGAGCUCAAAGAAAAGCUUUUGCGGACAGAGAGAUCCGGCUAAUGGGUUCUUGUCAAGAAAAAAAAAGAACAGCAGACCGUUAAUGACCACAUUUUAAACCACAGCUUUGCUACAGCUCUGAUUCCUGUUGGUGUCAAACUGUGACAACCCAUAAAUUAACACAGUGUUGCACCUAAAAGAUUACAAGGUUGGCUCUAAGCACCAGCUGUAACUUUCACAAUUUGGAUACGAAACCUCUGUGCUCUGGUCAUUUUGUAGGUGACAGAGAGCUCUGGAUUUCUCUUCAUACACUUGGGUGUGUUUUGUAGGAUUUCCUGCAGUAUGUUUUUUGUUAAUCGUUCCUAUCUACUGCAUAAAUUCUUCCCUCUUUUGUGUUUGCUGUAUAUCUUUCUAUAGAUUAAAAUACUGCCAGUUCAUAAAAAUCCCAGCCAGUUGUAAACUUCUGUCCAAUUUCAGAAAAAUAUUGUUCCAUUUCAGUUUUAAGAUGAUUGCUGAAGCUAAAAAUAGCCAAAACAAAGACAGCCUCAGAGUGAAUAUACAAAUCAGCAGCUGAACAGUCAAGGUUUUUGCUCAAAUCUCUUGUAACAGAUUCGAUCACUUGGGAAGCCAAGAAUGUAGACCACAUUUUUCAUCCUUGAGGUGUGGACACCUGGCUAAAAUCACACAGGGCCCUUUUACUCUUGACAGUUUUGUCACACUUGACAAUUUUUUAAUUUCGCCCUUCAGUGAGCAAUGCAAGGUACAUUUGGCACCCAGUCACUCCUUUAAGCCCCUUUUCCAGUAUCAGAACUGCCUUGUGUUAUGAUGGAAACUCAGUCUUAAUCUGCUGUACCCCCUAAGGUUUGUCUUUCUCUCUUUACAUUGACGCCUGGUGAAAAAAAAAAAAAACGACUUUUAUUAUGUCAUAAUUUUAAACUGUAAUCCACAGCAGCGCUGACAGCUACUUACAGUUUUCCUCUCCCUCUGCUCCCUUGAGUGUCCACAUGUUACACAGGCUGUAAAGAUUUCCCACAGGAACAUAAAAACUCUUAACUGACGGCUAAGAAAUGGCACAUAUGAGCACGAGGAAUGAACACAGCAGUGUGAAACCUGGACUGAAAUCUGAAGUGUUCGUAUGGAAAAUGCAUCAAUCUGUGCCUUGAUUUUCAGAGUGUUGAUUUGCUCAGUUGUAUUAUGAAAGGACAAAAAGAUCAGAGUUCGUUUGUGUUUUGCUUUUUUUGCGUACUUGAAUAAGUUCAAUGCUUAGGAAAUAAAAACAUGUACAGCAUUCUUUUUUGACAAAGAUUUGGAAACUUAAAAAAAUUCAAACAGUAAAUCAGCAAAAAUUACUGAAUCUGUUUCUCUUGUAUGUUCAUCACCUGAGUCAGUUUUAAGCAAAAAUUCUAAUGAGACCAUUUUUGCCAUCUCCUUUAUUGCCUUACACUAUACUCAUUCAGAAGUGUGUAUUCGAGAAAAUGAGCAGAGCAGCAUUAUCAGUGAUGAAAGUAUUCCUUGAGAACAUUUUCAUUUUUGCAGUUUCUCUUAUGACUUUCUCUCGUCCAGUUUGAGGUUGGCAAGCUGAGUUGAGUAACCACAUUUCCUCCUUUGCCAUCUGCUUCCAAGGUACAGGGAAGUUAGACAUUUCCCCUCUAUUUGUCAAAUCUUUACUGUCAAAAAUGUCAAAUACUGUCAUAUUCUCCGGCACACAGUAGUCACUUUACUCAUCUCGAUCCUCCAGCGAUGAUAAAUCCUGUGUUGCCACUCACUAAAUAAAAAACUGAUUUGCUAUGGAAGAGAUCAGGCAGUGCAAUGAUGGUGGUAGCCUUAGUGAGGUGGCCCUGCUGUGCUGUUGAUGUAAAAGGCUCAUCCAAAGUUGACAAAAAAAGAAAAAAAAUACAAAGUUGAGGUGAUUAUACGUGAAUUCAAACAUACUUCAGAAUAUUGUAUUCCGUUGUUACCAAGUCUGGUCUGUUAAAUGCCACUAAAUUGUGCCACUGCACCUUUAACAGGUUUUUUAGAUUUGGUGACAAAAGCUUGAAAAAUAAUGUGAACAUACCUUGAUGAAAAUGUUAUUGUUUCAGGUGAACAAGAAGUCUGAUGAAGCCCGCCAAGAGAAGGAAGCCAUGGUGAUGAAGUACGUCCGGGGAGAGAAAGAGGCCCUGGACCUGAGGCGGGAUAAGGAGAGUUUGGAGAAGAGGCUGAGAGAAGCAACAAAAGAGGUCGACCGCCAGGCGCUGCGAGGAAACCAGCUGGCUCAGGAGAAAGGUCGACUGCAGCAGCUAUACGAAGCAAAGGUAAAUAGUCAAGUCAGUUUUUAACUGCCUCAAGAAACAGUUAUUCUCAAAGUAUUCUCAAAGCUUCACUGUUUUUAUGAUCUAUCCACUGAAACUUUUCUCUCAUUGUCCUUUAGAUGAUGAUAAUUAUGAGUACAAAACAAUUUGCUGCUUCUAUAGAUGUAUUUUGAAGCUAUUCUACUCAAUCGUGUGUAUUUAUGAAAGUGGCUUCCCAUGAUUGCUGAUGUUUUGUAUUGGGUUGUAAAAGAUGUAGCUGUUACUGUUUAAUGCAAACAAACUUAUCUUGGUCUCAACAGCUCUGGCUUCAGUCUUACUACAGUGGUAUGUUAGAGGGAUAAACAUGAUUAAAAAAAACAAAUCUUCACCCAGAUUAAAGGCUCUUUGCUCCUCUGUACUAUCUCAGUGUUUUGGUUUUGUGUUUUUUCAGGAGGGGGAGAUUAGCAGGCUGACCCGAGAAGUGGAAAAGUUGAAGGAGGAGGUCAACUCACACCUGAUUAAAGUCAAAUGGGCACAGAACAAACUAAAGAGCGAGGCAGAUGCACACAAGGUAAUACUACUGGGCUGUUUUUUUAUGCAUUUUUGGCUCCAGCUUAUCAGGCGAUGUUUAAAAGCAUCAGUGACCUUGCUGCAGACAUAUAAAAAUCAAGUUAUGUACUGGUCAUGAAAGGCUGAAUGUAUGCAUUAAUACAUCUGAUGUGUCUAGCUACAUUAAGUUGCAGCAGCAGCACCAUGUUUCAAUUGCCUUAAUCAGUUUGAAAGAACAUGCUUUCAUUUUCUGGUUGAUUUUCCUCAUUUAAUCUCCAAACCUCUGCCUGUUGUUUGUCAGAGCUGUGCGCCUCCUUCGAAGCACUUCUAGGAUAUAAAUGAUAUCCCUCUUUUAGUCAUUUCAUCUUCAGAGUCUAAAAAAAAACCAUGAUUAGAUGUGUUUUUGUGAUUUUUCGAGGCGAAAUGAAAUGGGCCGAAAAUGGCGCAGUAAUGAUCCUGCAAGGAAAUCAUCAUUAACAACAGUGCUGUUUUUGGAAAUGUCUAUUACAAAAUGUUGCUUUUAUUUUUAACUGCCGGGAAACAAAUUCACUGCUAUAAACAAAAGGGAAAAACUCAGUGGGUGAUCAAGGCCGCAGGAGCUAGAUCACUAAUGCUUUUGUUUGUGUGGUUCACCUGAGUGCAUGUAAAUCACCCUCUUCAUGUGUACAUAAGCGUUUACCAGUAAAAGUAGUCACAAACAAGAAUCUUUCUACCAACCAUUAUUACGGCUCAGGCCUCGCUUAGAAGGACAGCCUGUUUUUUAGUGUUAGUAUCAUGAAAGUGUGUUUAUAUCAUUCUAUGUGCAGGAAAGUAAAGAUAAACUGAGAGAGACUACGGCCAAACUGGCCCAGGCCAAAGAAGAGACCGAGCAGAUCCGCAAGAACUGCCAGGACAUGAUCCGAACAUACCAGGUCUGUGAAAUUUACCACAUGGAUAUCUCACAUUCUUGUGUCUGAGCAAACUUACUUUCAGUCUUGGAAACUGCAUACUGUAUAUCUGCAUGAAAUAGGAAAAUGUGGACAGACAGCAUGUUUUUCUUGGCUGAAUCACUAUCCUUUAUCGUCAUUUCUAUUUUUUUUAUUUUUUUGCUUAUCUUUAUUUAUUUAUUUAUUCAUUCAUUCUAUAUUUGGCUGCAUUAGUUCAACAAGCCUGCUCACCACAUCACCUAACAGCAUACAAAGGAAAAUGAGAGAGAGAAAGGUGUUGUUCGAACUAAAUGAGGCAGCAUUGAUCGUGUCUGGAGGAGGGCAGUUUUCAUUCAAACCUUAUGAUGGUAGUAAAGAGCUGUGCUGCGAAGAAUUAUUGAAGCUGCUGCACUCAUUCAUCAGCAGUUUUAUUAUCAGGGAAGACAAAGGCUGCAACAGGGGAAGAUAUCAAACUAAAGCAAAUAAAGUCUGUUUCAUAGUUUUUUAUAAUGUUAUCAUGUUAAAGGAGAAAAUAAUACAGGUGUUUUCACCAUUUAUCAUCAUGUCUCACCGCUGUCUGUGUGCCACUCUUCAAAUUUCAGACAACUUUUUAUUCAUCAGGCUUCACAGUUUUGGGGGUCAGGACAAAUCAAUGAAUAUUCGUCAUUCUAAUUUGCAUUUAUCUGUGGAUGAAUCUUCUGCCAUGCUGAGUUUGGUCCAAAUCGCCCUUUUUUAUGCUUUUCCUCCCACUCCUUUUUGAGUAAUUACCACCAAACUUCUGAAUAAAUUCACUCAUUUGGAUUUUGAUAUUUAGUCUGGUUUUGUUGGAGUUUGCACUUAAAGUUUGAAUUUUACUGUCAGCAGGACAAGAAAGGGUCCCAUCUUUGUUUGCACACCUUAAUAACUAUUCACUUAAUCACUUAGUAUUUCACUGAUUUAUUACAAUGUUAUGUUGAAAGAUCAGGUUUAGACUGUACGCUUGUUUUUAUUUUUUACGGAUACUUAACAUUAAUACCAUAUGUCAGCAACGUUGACAGCAAUGUUUGAAGACUCAUUGGUCUGACAUUAACGUUAACAUCUAUAGUGAAGAUAACAUGAAGGAGACUGAUGAGAUUUAAUGAAGCACUUGCAGUUGGGAACUUUAAGAUGAACAUAAGGAGUAUAAUGAUGAAAAUCAAAGUUUUGAAAGUGGUUGUUGUGAGUACGUCAGGCUGGUCCAUGGUUUGGCAGCAGGCCUGCAGUAGCAACGACCCACAGAGGCCCAUAGGACAAGAGAGCUCAAAAACUCCUGGGAAAAAAAUUUAUGACCAAUUACUUAAAUGGAACAUGUAGUUUUUGAAUUAGUGAUGUGCAGUCAUAUGACAUGAAUUAAUACUGAAAGGGAGAGUCAGCAAAACCAGGGGACGUUUUUAAACUAGAGGCCUUUUUCGCUCAUGGUGGUCUGGGGGGCUUAGUUAGAGUUGGGGGAUGAAAUAACAACACUGCACCACACUAAUGUUAUUUGGUCUGUUUUCACACUGCACUCGGUGAAACAAACCAAACCAUCUAGACAACAUCAGGGGUUUAUGAUAACUGCUUGUUUGUGUCCACAUUGUCCCAUUAAAACACCAACAAUCAGGCUGCUUUUGCUCACUUACUCACCACAUGAACACUGGAGCAACACUGAAUUUAUAAAGCAUUCAGGUCUCAGUAUCGACACAUUGAUCUACUGCACUUUAUGCCACUUCCUACCUCCAGUUUAUAAAAUAGUUUGCUUUGCUUUUACACCUCAAAACAAACCAGAUCAGCGUUCACUUGUUUGGUCUGCUGCUCCAGAGUUCGUUUUAGCUUUUGAGCCACUUCAAACAAACCAGACUAUCUUGGAAAAUGAACUAGAGUUUAUUUAAAGCAGACUAAACAGCUCUGAUGUGAAUGAAACCCUUACGUGAGAGAGACAUAAUCCAGCAAGGAAAAGAGAGGAUGUCUGCGUUAGGGCUGGGCGAUAAACCAAAAAUUUACAGAUACCGAAAUUUACGGCAAUAACCAAUGUCAUUUGUCCAUGUCAAUAUAUUUGGUGUUAGAAAAAUCAAUAAUUAAAAGUUGGUUUUGGAUGUGUGUAGGUAGGCUAUGGUCUCACGCCCCUUUUUAAGAUACUGUCAGAGACGUGACUCCACCCCAUUCAGUCCCUAACAAAGAGGGAAAGACAGGUGAGGAGAUGGAGGACGGUUUAAAAGUUGUCGCAGCUGGAGCGGCGGCUGAAGUAGACGAAUUUAAUGUGGGAGAGUGUGAGCAGCUUGUGGAGUAGUUAUCGUCCCUUUAUCGUUAUCAAAAUGAACUGCUCAAUAUAUCAUGAUAUUGAUUUGAGGCCAUAUUGCCCAGCCCUAGUCUGUCUCUAAACCAGUGAGUAAUAAUGAUCUCUUCUCCAUGUUCUGGUACAGACACAUGCUGCAGCAUUUUUCACCAGAUGAAAAGUCUUAAAAGGACUUUAAGUAUCAUUUUGUUGGGAGGUGGAAAGGGACUGUUCUUUAAAUAUGUUUUAUGUAGGAGAUAAUGGACAAAUCAUUCACUCAAACAAAGUAAACACACUUGGCCUGCGUGAUGACCAGAGGCUGUUCAGUAUGAAGCUUAAAGCCAAUCAGAUGAGAGUUUCUCAGUGAAAACAAGCAGCACUUCUGGUGCAAAAUAAUUGCCCCUUCCAAAUGGGCAUUGCUUCACUGUAGACACUGAUGAUACCACAAUAAUGAAUUGAACUGAACCAAAACCAAAAUUGCCCCGAGAUAGCUCUGUGACAAAUAUAUUAAUUAUGCUUUCUUUUCUCAUUAGCAUUACAAAUUGCUUCAUUUUCCCUGCUGUGCAUAAUAAAUGAAUCCCUCUUUCUUCCAGGAUCGCCUCCUCUUUAAGGCGGCCCAUCUGUUAACGCCCGCUUCAACCGUCUAAUUCCCUCUGUCAUCCCGAUUCUUGUCGUAUUUUUCAAUCUUGUCCUCUUUUCCUCCUGCAGGAGUCAGAGGAACUCAAGUCCAAUGAGCUGGAUGCUAAGCUGAGGGAGACCAAAGGAGAGCUGGAGAAACACAAGCAGGAGCAAACAGACCAAUUAGAGGUGACUACUGCUGUGCACGUACAUAAUCACACUUAAAACACGAGUUUUCAAAUGAGAGGGUACUGAAAUUUCCUGAUAAAAUGUAGGAGAAAAAGCAGGGUUAGCGUUUAUUUGGCAGUUAACAUGCUUGCUGCGUGUCUACAGACGUUUUAUUUGUGAAUUUGUGUCUAUUUUCAUCUGUUUAACAAUCCACCAGAGACUAAACACAACCCUAAUGCACCUUCGGUAUUAAUUCCAAGUUGUAUACAUCCAUUCUUCCAGGUUAUUAAUCAGCCUUUUAUUGAUUGUCACAAUGCCAGCCCUGCUAGUGAAAAUUUCUACUCUGAGCUGCUUUCAUAGCUUUGAGAGGUGUAAUUGCCUUAAGUAGGAAUGAGUAACAAAUGGCCAUAUAAGCUCUACAGGCAGACAAGCAUGCACACAGUGACAGACGUGGACUCAGUCCAAACACUGUGGCCUGUUUUUCUCUCUGCCCUGUUCGGUAGGGAAUCACACUUAAAAAUAAAUGGCCUAGAAAUAAUCAAUACGUAAGCUGUGCCUCUUGACAACAACCCAGAAUAAAAACAGACGUUUCUUCUCAUCAUUCGACGGCCUGGUUUGUUUAUUCAGGGAGAUUCUAAAUUUAAAGCUUCAGAAAUAUUAGGCCUUAAAGUCACAGAAGCUUCUCAGUUUAAUUUUUGAUAUAUUAAUUAAAACUGAAAUCACCUUUUGUUUGCCUUUUUGUCAUGAAUUUAAUCACACUUAAAAAAUGAACGAUUUUGAUCCAUAGUGUUGUGUAGCCUUAAACUUAUUUUGAUGACCUCAUAUUGACACAUAUCUCUGCCUCGCUGUCCUCAAAAUCAGUCAGAGCCCGUGUUUGCUUCAGAAUGACUGUUAUGUUGAAAAUAUGAUGCCGCUCAGCCAUGAUUAAUGCAAAUAAAACUGUUGAUGUUCCAUGACUGCGUUGGUUGUAAAUAAAAUAGGAUUGGUUGCUGAUGAAUGGAGGACACUGGCGGCUAAUUUGUUGACAUCUAUUUAUUACUGGCAUGUUGUCUUGGAUACCAAAGGCUACUAAUAGCUUCUUGGAAAAAAUCAACUCACAGUGGGACCAUUAAUGGCUUUAUUGAAAAGAUGAGACAAAACAUUAAUAAGCUUUGCCUUCAAAUGUGUAAUGAGGGCCAAAGCAAAAUAAAAAUCAGUGAAUGCCAGACUUUGAUCACUGGAAAUGCAUCUGUAACAAAAUGAUGCUCGUGCCAAGACUAGAGAAAAAUGUUUCAUUAAGUGUGACUGAGGAUUAAACUGAUGGAAAAAACCUUUGCACUGAAAUGGUAGCAUAUAAAAGCCCUCAAUCAGAAAGAGCAGGGAAGCAUCCUUUUUUAAAACAGGGUUUCCUUUUAAAUCAGGUUAUACAGUUAAGGAGCAGAGAUGGCUUUUUCAGCAGACAUUGAGUGAAGGAAAUACAUUCUAUUUGAUUAAUAUUAUAUCUGGCAGGUACACCGAGUAAAGGCCAAGGAGCUGGAGGACUUGAAAAGAAGCUACAAGGAGAGCAUGGAUGAGCUGAGUACUCUGCGCACAAAGGUUUACUACUCAGUUACAUACUUGAAAAUCUAUGUGCAACAUCAGCAGGUCUGAAAUGCUCAUUGAGCUUUUGAUUUUUAUUUUUUUCUUGUAGUUGAAGUGUCUGGAAGACGAGCGUCCACGAUGGGAGGACGAGCUGAGCAAGUACAGAGAGAUCAUCAACCGUCAGAAAGCUGAGAUCGGCCGGCAGAGAGACAAGCUGGAGGAGAUCACUGCGCUAGAGGAGCAGCAUGAACGGUACAAAAACACACACAUGCACUAAUCAUGCAGGAAAUGCACUAACAGGGACUCGGCCAUGGACAUGCAGCAAUGGAGGGUUUAAUAGUACACGCCAACACAGGGUACAGAAGAAAAUCAAUUUAAUGCGCCAUAGAAUCAGUAUUGCCUGUCGAGCUUCCAGUGAGAGUUAUAAAUGAGCAGAGCAGCAUGCUGUACAUUCACAGAUGCCCAGCUGUUUUAUACACAACAUCUGCUUUAAAACUCUGUAAUGCAUUUAACAAAGGAAAGUAUUUUGAGCAACUACAUGGGCUUUUUUAAAACUUUUCUAUGUUUGAUGUUAAACUUCUUCACUGAUUAAAGUUGCACAAAACAAUAAAAGCAUUCCAGUGGAAAAAAAUAAAAGUUUUUCCUCCCUCUCUUCAACCUUGGAUCACCCUAUUAAGCCCCUCCCACCAAAUGACACACCAAACAUGCGUGACUACUGUUGUCAAGCACACUGUGUGUUCCUAUCAGAAAGUCAUGUCAGGCUGAGAGGACAGAAGCACUAUCAGCUGAUAUGAAAAAAAAUUAACCUGAAAGAGUUGAAAAGCAACAGCUAAUGUGUGCCAAAUGAGAGAGGGCUCAAAACAAAGACCUGAUAAUGUCAGUUAUUCUUAGGCUGAACGAUCCAAGUCUGUACAUAGUUGCUGUGAUUGGCUUGUUACCUACAAGAAUACCCUGACUGGUUGUUGGAUCCAGACCGGAUGAUCUCCCCCCCAAAAAAAGAGGCACCUACACCGAUCAGACACACAUACAUUUAAAAGAAGGUUUCAGUUUCAUGUUGUAAGUGGCAUGUAAUAAUCAGAUUGUGUCAUUUUAACCAUGUUUUAUGACUCAUGCUUAUGACUUAUGCUAUCAAGUGUAGUGGAUCUUAUGACUGAAUCUUGAGGGGAAGAGUCAUUCGAAUAAAAUCACUGGUGCACAAACAUAUAUAACCAAGUUGUUGAAAAAAAGUGAAUUGCCAACCAGCAGGCAUUAAAAGACAAAGGAAUAUUCUGUUACAAAAUCCUAUUUAUGGAUUUUGGACAAGCAAACAAAAUUAGAUAACAAUGUUAUAUCAUGGUGUGUUCAGGGUCGGGUCAGCAAAAUGACUACCACGACAAAGCUGAUGCAUUAAUAAAAAGAAUACGGUUUGUGGUAAAAACACAUUGGCCUGUCAUCUUUAUAAAGAAUAGUAUCAACAGUGGAAUCAGUGAAUAGACUCGGCUCAUUACAGCAUCAAUAUGCUUCACACACAGACCCUAAAAAGUGAAGAGCAGUCCAAAAAUAUAACAAUCCUGAGCUGCUAUUAGAGUGAAGUGGCUGCUGCUGUAACAUCUUUAUAAUUUUGAAAUUUGUGAAUGAGUGAUUUCAUUAAAAUCAGUCCACUCUGUGGCUGCCUGAGUCGACAACAGUCUUAUCAAACUGACCUCUGGAGUAAGCAGAAAAUGAGAAGCUGCUUUUCCAAAUGCAGAGAAGCAUCAAAUGUACUUUUUUUUUUUUUAUCUUUGUAAGGGUUUUUUUUUUCUUCUGAAAAGUAGGAUCUUAUGACAGAAAUGUAAGAGAAACCUUUGAAAGGGCAGCCAGAGGUUCUUAAUGCGUGUGCUUUAGAAUGGAAAAAAAAAACACCUGUCAUUAAGUAAAUAAGUGGCAAUUGGUUACAUGCAAAGACCGGUUGGUUUAAAAAGUGAAGGUUUUGAUUGUUUCUCUUCCCAGUUGAAAGUGUGUCAUUUGCAUAGGUCCACUUCAAGUCUGCUCUUUACCAUUCAAACGUAAUUAGUUUUGCUAGAACUGUGCAGGCUGUAUUAAAGUUCUUGUCCCCUCACAUUUCAUUUUGUCAAGUACCUUUCUCACAGGAUUCAAAGCUAGGCCAGUGACAGAUAUAGCACACAGGGCAGGGAGUGAGUCAGGUCCUUCUGUGGGUGUGCAGCUCAGCCAGCCAUGUGCACAUGACUUGAUAGAGAGAGAGAGAGAAACUUUUCCAAUUACUGAAAUGCUUCUUUCUGUGCCUGCCAGAGUGCCAUAAGAAGGUGGCGCCAUACCAAAUUGAUUCGAGCAAAAGUUUUUUUUUUUGGCUGUCAACUGAGCAGCAGGAAGUUUUUCCACAAUUUACCGACAUUUUUAGUCACUGGCGGGGACAUAAUGAGUUGAUUCCUGUAGUUCUUUGGCCCAGGGACAACUAAAGUACAAGAGAGGUUGUGAUUCUGACACAUAUUGCAUGACUCACUGUUAUCAGUAACUUUUCUGGGUCCAAAUCGGUCCAUUCAGCUUACCCAAACCUAGAAAUGUCGUUUCUAUUAUCUUGACAAUCCUUUUAUUUGUCACACAGCGAUCAACAAGAGGUUGCGUCACUCCGUGAGGAAGUUGAUGCCCUGACCAACCAGAUGGCCGACCUGCAGCGGGAUGUUCAGGGCAGCAGGGAGCGCGAGGCCGAGUUGCUGGGCUUCACCGAGAAGCUUAGCAGCAAGAACGCCCAGCUGCAGUCAGAGAGCAACGCACUCCAGACUCAGCUGGAUCAGCUGACCAGCACCUUCACAGAGCUGCAGGCGAGGUUGGAGGAGACAAAUCGGCUACUGGAUGACAAGGUUGGGUCAAACUUGGUUUGCGCAGAGUAAACUGAGGAACUGAAACAUGACUUAUUUUUUAACUUGAUUUAAAAGGAUCAUGUUGAAUGAACUUCUGGUCUGGAUUCUUAAGAGUUAUCGUUAGGAUAGAGUUUAAAAAAGUGGAACAAAUGUGGAGUGGAUUGGAUGAUUGGUUUUUGUCUGACACAGUAAGGAUAGCUGAGCUGUCUGACCCAGAACAGUCGCUGUCCUUGAGUAGUGAUAGUUUUCUGCAUCACAGAGAUUUUAGGGGCCAAGCAAACAAAGUCACAAUAUCUUAUUACACUGUUAUGGCCGUAAACAAUCAUAACUCAACUUCCCCCCUUGUCUUUAUUAAUGCUGCAGUCACGACAGCUGAAACAGGAGGAGGUGCUGAGGCAGCAGGAGGUACAAGGUCUGCAGGAAGAGCGGACAGCACUGCAGACUGAGGUGACCCAGCUUAAAACCAGAGUGGAAGAGCUGAGGGACGAGCUGGUGACUCAGAAAAGGAAACAAGCAGCCAACAUUAAGGACCUGACAAAACAGCUAACACAAGGUCAGGAAACCACCUCACAGGAUGAUAUCUGGGGCUCCUUCAUGGCAAUUUGGUGCACACUUAUCUAAAACUACCAACCAGUAACUCCUCCAAAUACAGAGGAGGAAAACCAUACAGACAUUGUAGUCCCAAGCUUAUACCCACCUAACUAAACAUUAUGUUAACUAAGAAAAGAGACAUUCAAGCGUGGAGAUUCCUCUUGCCUGUAAUCAGCUGUAAAAUAUGUAAUUCUGUUUUCACUGAAGGCAUUUCAAGUGACCAGGAAGCAAGCAAACUUUAUUUUUUGGUAUUGUUGUACUAAAAGUAUCCACUUUUACACAUUAUUGUAUCUCCUCUGUAGUUUGUACUGAAUUUUUGCUUUGACUUAACUGCUUGCCAUGUUUAAUGUCUAAAGCUAUUAGUGGUGCAACGGAUCAUCAUUGAUCCGUGAUCCGUUCGGAUCGACGUCAUCGGUUCGGCACACACGUUACCCGCGGUUCGAUUUCUGAAAAAAAAAAUUUGGCUUCCCUGUCAACUAUGAUGAGGAAGGAAAGAGGUCAGUGGACAAAACUGCGAAGGUGUGUAGGCACUGUGGCAUAAGAAAGCCAUAUGACAGUGGAAACACAUCGAGCAUGUUCACGCAUUUGAAAGCGACAUCACCCGGGUGUUUUAAUGACAGGUGUUGUGCCGUAGACUGCACCCCUGCCGUAGAACGCACCCCUGCAUCCCCUCCACUCGUUAGCUUCUUAAAGUGGAGAUAAUGAUCUCAUAUUUAAAGAAACACGAGUAUUAGAUCAUGACAACAUGUCAAAUGGAGCAGCAAACUUUCAUUUUCUUUUUAUGUGUCUCAAAAAUGCAAAUAUAGAGGUGUACUUGGGUAUAAACUGUACAGAAAGCUGUCCAGGUAGAGAGCAUUAUAUUUUCGGGACAGCAAUAUUCCAAGGGCUGUUGUUUUUGGCUUCUUUGAAUAGCCUGAAUGAAAUUAUUACAGGCAAACGCUUUUGAAUCCAUCCAAUGUAAGAAAAACUUGGAUUAUUUCGCCUCAUUAUGUACUUUAAACCGCGCUCCCGUCAGGGGGUGCAUUCUACGGCAGGGGUGCAUUCUAUGUCAUAACACCUGAGAUAAAACGAAAGCUGGCCAGCAACCGCUCAUCACCGCAGCAUUUAAGCAGCCUCUUCCUGCGCAAUCCGACCGGGUUAAAGCUAUCACAAACGCUAUCGGUGUGUUUAUAGCUACAGACAUGAGGCCAUAUUCAGUUGUGCAAACGAGGGCUUUAAAAACAUGCUGAAAGUGCUUGAGCCACGUUACAAUAUCCCACCGCGCACAUACUUCAUUUUUGGUUCAUUGUUACAUUUUAAAGGAAGGAGAUAUGCCUAUAUAUUGCACUUUAAGUUGUUUUUCAUUAAUAAUUAUGUUGAAAAGAAGAUAUUAUGCCGUAUGCACUACUUUUAUAUAUUUUAAUUCAACCAUUUAAGUGUUUAAUAUACAGACAAAACUGCUUUUUGCUGAUCCGAAAAAUGAUCUGAUCCGUGACUCUUGAUCCGAGGAACGAUCCGAUCCGUGAGUGUUGUGAUCCGUUGCACCACUAAAAGCUAUGCAAGUAUGAUGCCGCCUCUCUUUGACAGGACAAUCAGGCAAGACGGCUUAAUUUGUGCAGCACAUUUCACAUGCAGAGGCAAUUUGAAGUGCUCUCCAGAGUAAUUAAACAGACACAAAUACAUUUAAAAAGCUGGAGUGAAAGAUUUCAACGAGUUAAACUAAUUCAUUCAAAUGUGUUUAGAUUACAAACAAAAAAUGCAGCGUUAAAACAAUCAAAAUAAAGUGUAAGAUCAGUUAGAAUGGUUUAGAAAGAGAAAACUUGUGAAAACUUAUCCUGCACUCAAAGGUAAACAGGGGUAGAUUUAGUUUAGACUUCAGAGGAGAUAUAUUCAGUGCUUUUUUGAUAUCAGUUUAGAAAUUAUUCUACGUAUUAAAAAAUCUUUAAUCUAAAUGAGGCUUUAUUCUCUGCUAAAAAAAAAACAAACAUAUACAUAUGGUGAGAUCUAAACACACACUGCAACAAAGUAAAUUAAACUCUUAAACCUUUAUUUACCUCAGUUUGAUGUCAUUAAUGGCUACCAAAAUCAGUGUCAUGUGUAAAACUUUCUUUAAUUACUUACAUUGAGGUUUUAUUUGUUUGCGAGGCAUCAAACAGUUAAAUUUAUCCACAGGUGUGUUAAAGUGGCCCUUUGAUCAACCAUUUAUACUCACUUGAUACCAAACGUCGUGACAGAGAAAUUUUCCACACUUAGGGUUUACUUACAGGUCACACAGGAGUUCAAAGCAGGCUGACACGUGUGUGCAUAUACUGUGGGUGAGGUGUAUAGGAAGCUCAUGUUUUUUUCUCUCUAUCAUUAAUAGAGUGAUCCAACAGCUCUCCCUGCUUAGCAUACUGAACACACACACACACACACGCUAACCUUAGGGCGUGACGUCCAGAUCUCUCAUUUUGUAUGCACAAGCUUUUCACUUUGAGUUUCCAAACAGAGGACGUUAAUAUCAGCAGAGAGCCUGUGAUUAUUCAUCAUCAGCGCUGCCGUACAGACUACAGUACAGUGGAAUUAAUCUUUGUUUAUGCAUGAGAGGCUUGCUGGGCUUGCACUCUUCUUCAAAGACAAACGUGUGUUACAUUAAUUCAGGUAGACACCUUCACUGAGGAAAACUAAUGAAGUUCAGUCAAGCCAUGAUGCUUAGCUUUGACUUUCUUUGUGCUUUUUCUGAACUUUUUUGACUGUGUUAGGCUUCUGUUUGCAUUAUUAAAUCAUUCUGAGUUUGUUCACAAUGUGGAAAUGCAGUAUUCACUGUCUGCCUUUGAUUUAUAUAAGUCUGUACUUGUUCUCUUUGGCUGAAAACCAAGAUUGAGGUAGAAAAAAUAGAUAAAUUUGCUUUAAAACUUCUUGUAUCAGACAUAAGCUUUUUGUUGAUAACCUCAGCUGACAGUUCUUUGUUUUCUCUUUUCCCUCAGCUCGCAAGAGACUGGAGCAGGUGGAAAAUGGAGGUUGUGACCGGGAUGCCAGCAGUAUGGGCAGCCGCUCAAGUUCCUCAGGUACUACUCCGGGAUUUGGUUAGUAUUUAACAUACAGGGAAGUCAUAAAUAAAAACUUUGUCUUUUAUUCUUCUUCUCAAGCUUUUUUUCUGUUGGUGGGUUAAGGUUUCCUCUUAAACUUGUGUUUAUUAAUCAAACUCUAAUAAGUGAAAUUAGGAUCGAAGAAAUGAUAAUAUUCUCGAUUUUUUUACUUCCAAAGGCUCCCUGAACGCUCGCCAAGGUGGGAACAACGCUGGGGAAGAACGCUCGCCAGAAAGCCAGUCGGGUCCUUCAGUGGUGGUUGUGGACAGCUUUCCGGAGGUGGACAAGGCUGUGCUCGUGGAUCGCAUUGUUCGUCUGCAGAAGGCGCUGGCUCGCAAGCAAGAAAAAAUCGAGUUCAUGGAAGAUCACAUCAAGCAGCUGGUGGAGGAGAUCAGGAAAAAGACAAAGUGAGUGGAAUGGGCCAAAGCACAGAGAGCAGAGGAGGAAAAGUGCUGGGAACGUUUUCAUAGUUGCUAGAAAGGAAAACAACUUCGCUUUAUCAUUUAUACACCAGCUUUCAUACCAACAUCAAGCCCAAAGUGCAGCAAAUAAAACAGGGAAAAUAGGGACAAAAGCAGACAAUUGAGGAUGAGUUUUGCAAGAGCUAUAUUCAAAAAGGACUAAAACCUUUAAAUUCAUCCAUAAAUGUGAAAGAUAACCCGAAUAGAAGAUUCAAAAUCAAAAAGUACCAUUUAAUAAGUGUAAAGAAAAUAUUUGGCAGUGGUAAAAACAUUAAUUCAGAUUAAAAGAAGUUAAAUAAAAUCAAGGAAGUUGCACUGGUAUUUAAGGUAUGUAACUGUAUGAGCAAAAACCACUGUCUGUUUUUAGGGAUUCACUUGAGUACAAAGAAGUUUUAACUGCGCCAAUCCCCAUUUUAUCCAGCUAAGUCCACAAUCUGCAGAUCCUGCGCAGCUGAGUAGCUCUUUCUAAAACCAUCUGUGUUUUUUUUGUUUGUUUGACUUGUGGAGUUUUUAACUCUACAAGCUACCUGUGUGAUAGUUAAGCUUUGAUAGUCACAAAGCACAGGCCUGCUGCUCAUGACCAAUUCACCUGGAGCUUUCUACCAUGUUUUGAAUGAGCAUGAAUAUGAUCAAAUUAUGGUGAAAAGGUGUUAAAAAUCGGUGCCACCUGCCUGGUCCACAUCAUUAUCUAUCCCUCCAUACUGAUUUUCAGGUGCAUGCAGUGGGUGAUGGUGAUUGUGCAUGUCUGUGACAAAACAAAGCACCAUCUUUCAACACUGUAACACAUUAAUGUGACUUUUGCUGCAUUUAGACUGAUCCGACAGUCCCAGGAGUGUAAAGGACCCUUCCCACUUUUGAGGUUUUAAAAAUGCAGCUUUAUUGUAGGUCACUGACGCGAUGGUGCAGCGUUGAUGAAGUUGACAUAGAAGUGAGGCAGCAUCCCAACAUUUGAUAGCAUUUACAGCCCCUCCAGUGAAGCAUCAAAAGUAAAGCAGUUUGGGUGUUUUUGGACUCUCUCCUAAACAUUAAAACAUAACUCCUCUGUGUUUUCGUGCUUUAGCUGACCUUGUAGGACAAUAUCUGCUUACACACUCAGUUUAUGGCCCUCUACAUCCUUCUGUGUCCCUGCCUUAGCUUUUAAAUGAUGCAAACUCUGCAUUUCUGAUUCAUGACAAACUUCAACCCAAGCUAUUUAUAGUCCAGCUGAUCCCCAUCUAUUGGUAUGGAUCCUCCAUAAUGCUCCAUUUAUAUUCAUGGAAACAUCCUUAACUUAAGAGACCGUGUGAAGGAGGCUGCAGCUAUCUCAAUCAUGCCAUAAUUUCCUGUAAUGGCUGAAGUGAAUAGUGGGUCAGUGCCAAGAUGAAAUUAGGGUUGGGUAUUACAGUCUAACAUAAACCCGUCCUCUGAGACCCAAAAACAUUUUCUCCACUGAAAUGUGCAAAAUCUGCUUUAUUGAUCAGUCAGAGCUCUUCAUCACCUCAGCUCUCAUUUCCAGAUAUGUCAAGCGACUUAAUUCUUCUCGGAUCAUCCCGCUUCUCAUUUGUUCCUCAAGCUGUACGCACAGAUUGAAUCCAUUAGCCUCAACCUACAUUCAAGAGUUAGGAUUGAGGACGAAUCCCACGGUUGCUGAGCUAAAUUUAGUUUCUGUAAAAGAUCUCAGCUAAGCAAGGGGGGUUACUUUAACCCGAAUGUAGAUGUGAAUUUGUACUUUUUAUUUUUUUGCCUUUCUGUCUCUCUCCCUCCAGGACAGGCUGGUGAUGAACUCACUGUAAGCCUGCAGCAGGAGAUAAAUGACAGAGACAUAGAUGUGGAGCAGAAGCUUAGAGAGUCUCUGUUAGCGGAAUAAAGUUGAUGGGAUAAUUUUUUUUUUGUAUUGAAGUCACAGAAUCUUCAUCACUUUUUUGUGAGCAGAGUAGUUUUUCUUUAUUUUCUAGGAUCAGACCCAUUUACUCAUCACGUUUACCCUCUACCUGCCAAAGAAACAGAGUUGCUAAGUGAGGGCUGCUAUUUCAGGCAAGACAGUCGAUUUUCCAACAUGCAAUUAAGCAAGAGGUGUCCAAUCAGAGCUCAAAGUUCUGUUACAUAAAAGCUGUUCUUCACUCAUUGAGUUAACCUAAUGACAAAUCUUCAAUUAGAUGCAGUUUACAUGUAGAUUAUGGACCAUUAAUUGAUGGAUUAUAAUCUUUGGCGGAGUGUUAAAGUGACAUUUAUGUGUGCUGCUCCAAAGACAUCAUCAGGUCACUGACUAUAAUGUCCAUGCAGUGCAUGGUACUUGUAGUAAAUGAGCUAAAACCUGCAGAAACAGAGGCAUCAUCCUUCAAGGGCAAUGGUGUCUCCUUUUUUCCCCACACCUGGUUAUUAUGACUAUUAAGCCUUAAUGGUCCCUAAUCUGUGACUUGAAUUAGAACCCCUGAUGGUAGAAAGCAGAUGAGGACAAAGCUGCAGGAGGAGGAUUAGGUGUAGAUGGCUAUUUAUCUGUUGUGCAUCUUUUUUUACCCUGUUAGGUUUGUAAUCAAUGGAAACAGCGAAGCAGCACAAUAUAGACUCUAGUGCAGCCUAUUAUGGAUCUACAUCUGCUAGAUGCAGUUAAGAUAUAUUGUAAUGGAUCCUCUCAAGGGUAUCUUGGAAAUCUGGGCACACUGGCAGAUGGUUUUAGAGAUACUUCAAAUUAAACCAGUGCCUGCACUGCUUCACUUACAAAGGAUAUAUGAGAAGAGGGUUUUGAUUGUUAUUAGUAUGAGGAUAAUGUAGGAUUUCAGCGAUCAGAAGCUCUUUACACCCAUGAAUGACAUUUUUUUGUGCAUUUUAAUUUUUUUUAAACAACACACGUAGCCCCUUAGGAGCCAGGGCAGCAUUGUAGUAUGUUGCAAAACAUCACAUCCAAGAGUUGUGAUGUACACUGAAUUUCCACCUCCAUUUCACACAUACUUCAAGUGCCACUUCCAUUGUGAUGAAGUCUCUCCAUUAAUAAGUCUACUCCAUCCAUUAAUUCAAGUCAAAGUCGAGUUAAUUGGAAAAUAAAAGAAACUAAGUAGAAAAGUUAUGACUGCUUAGCCUACUGGUUGUAGCAUGCGUUCUGUGUAGUGUGGUUAAGUCCUGGUUGCAGCAGUUACUGGUUUAAACUUUAGCUGUAGGUCCCCCCCUUGUCUCUACUCCAUAGUCCCUGUCCAUCUUCAGCGCUCUUUCACAGUUAAGUCCACUUUUAGGCAGCUGCUGUCUGUGUCAUCUAACUUUUCAUACAGUCUUUGACUUUUACUGUCCAGGGAACUUGAAACAGGAAAAGGGAUAAACCAUAAAUAGUUCUUACCAUUUUCAAAAGAUGUAAAAGUUGGCCCCCAACAUCUUGGUUACAUCCCUACCCCCUACUCUACUCGCCGGUCCAUGCAUGCUACUAAGCACCUCAUGUGGCCACAUCUUUAAUUUCUGUCACUUUUUUGUUUUUACUAAACACUUUCGUGAUGGGACUGGGGUCCAAAUAUGGACCCUUGCAAGUCUAGUCAGAGGUAAGUCUCAUUUUCUGUCUGUGCAAGCCCAGGUGUCAUGUAUGUGUGUGUGUGUGUGUGUGUGUGUAUGUGUGGGUGACGGGGGACUUUGUUUGCUUACGUAGCUGCUGUGUCAUUUCAUUUCCUCUCCUUGUGUGCACCAUAGACUUUUUUUUGAUUUAUAGUGCUUACAUUGCAACACAAACUUUGAGUUCGAUGUAGUGCGUAGUUGUUCUGUGAAAGAUCCGCUACACCAGCUCAAAAAGCAGCCGCAAUCACAGUCUUACCACAAUAAAGAUCAAAUAGUAAGUGGUUUAAGUGCAUGCACGACUUGUGAUUUUAACCCUCUCCUUUCCUUCUCCUGGAGUUGGCCUGCUUAAUAUUAUCACCGGUAGAAAAGUGUUUACUGGAGGUUCCCCAUUCCAGGUUCCUCAGACUGCUGCAUGCCCACUAGCAUGUUCAAAAAAACUCAUUCACAAUCUACUAUUUAUGCAUGAUGUAUAUUCUGUCUACAAGAGAAGUCACUCGCAUGUUUUCAACCCCUUCAAAGAUUUGUUCCCCAACAAUACAAAGCCCCUUGAAACAGGAAUAGUUGAACAGCAGGCUCUCUUUAGUCACUGAAGCCCCUUUUACACAUUUACUCCUGCCGUUUCCAAGAUAAAUUCAGGACGUUCAUAUUCUGAUCAUUUCAGGAACUCGCUGUUCACAGGUGCAGCUCACAAUGGGAGAUUAUCCCUGCAGGACAGGCCCUGACAACUCGAUGUACUCUAUUAGGUUUGGGCAAGGAAGGAGGCUUGGGGAGGUGUCUCCUAUAAGAGCGGCUGCACAACAUGGGGAUGUUUUUAGCAAUAAUAGACAAACUACAGACAACUGAGGCAAGCAGUAUAGAGCAUAAAGCAGAGUAACUUUACUAACCCUAACAUGGACAGCAUCAACUCUCUUCCAACUUGGUUUCCGUGACUUUUCCAGGCUUUCACCUGCGCUCCUCAACUUCUUGUGGAUGUUUUGCUCUGAGGUCUGGCAGGGAAAAGUCCAGAAAAAUUCAGAGAUGAAAAAUUCGUCUGUUUGCAUUCACACAUGCAGAGGCUGAUCUGGAAAAUGUCUGGAUAUUUUUUUUAGAGCGUGUCAAGGCAGGUGGUUUCAAUCUCAAAAUGAAUGCACCAUUCCUCAGAAAAAUCUGUGAAGUUGUUGCACACACAGUCUUCAAAGAGCAAUAUUUUCAACCCAUAUAGAAAAACACAUGAUGACAGAAUUGAAAUUAGGGGUGUCCCAACACAACUUUUUUACUUCUGAUACAAUACCGAUAUUGUAGCCUUCAGUAUUGGCCGAUACAGAGUUGCCGGAGGGAAGUCUGGAAUGGACUGCUUGUACCGGAGUGCUGAUAUCUGAGAUUUUAAAUGCAGGCCGAUAUAAUCUAAUGUUUUUUUUUUUAUUAUAUAUUUUUUUUAUAUCAGACCAAUAUCUAUAUCGUAUCGGGACAUCCCUGAUUGAAAUAUCCUCAGGGUUGAUGGUUCCUCGUUCCUUUUAGAAUUGAUGAUCUUGUUUUAAUAGCUAGUUAGAGACCUGGUUUAGCAUUAGAUGUAACAGUGGUAUUAAUAGUUGCAAAUGUUCCCGUAGCUCGAAUAGUUUCCAUCUUUGUUGUUGUUGUAGUUUAAGUUGCUGGAUUUAGGCUAUUCAGCUCUACAGGUCCACCUGACUGUGUAGAAAAAUGCUGAUUUCUCCCUGUGGGAAUCAUCCUGCAGAAGCCCACUGAUGAUCUGGAGCAUCCCUUUGCACAGAACUCAUCCUGCAGAUACCCACCUUCUUUGUCUUCUUCUCCUUUAAAAAUCCCCCUCAGACACACCUUGAAUUUGAACUAAACAAUGGCAGUGUGGACCUGAAUAUAUCGCUAGUACCUCAGGUUAGCUACUCAGGUGGGUUAAGGACAGGUUGGAAAUAUUGAUUAGCAGCACAUCUCAGAGGGAUUUUCAGGAGCUUUUUGACCUUCACUAUAGGACUGUGCACUUCCCUGAACAGCUUCCUAAAUAUAAAGAUAACAAAAGAGGAAGUGCUCAGUGGAUUUAACUCCUGUAAGAGGAACACACUUGUAAAUCUGGAGGAUUUGGGGUUCAAAGGAGGUAAAUUAGAUUAUUGUGGAGAUGAAAAAGUGUGUAAAAAUUUAAGAUUUGUGUCAUUUUUAGACAUGUACACAUUCUCAAUCCCGUAGACAUGUGGUUGAUUAACUCUGCAGCAUUUCUGAUGUCUCUGUUUUUUUUUUUUUGCUCUUACUGGUUGAGUUUUAUUUUUCUGUUACAAUGACUGAAAGUACCCUGUGUAUGUAGAAUUCAACAAGCCCCACCCUGAUUGGUUGAUAUUCUGAAAACGUCUGCUGCUCUCCUGCUGGAAUCAGUUUUCCUUCUCUAUAGGAGCCCUCUGUGCUCCCACCUAUAAAUCCUACUUUCUCAAUUUUCUUUGCUCAGUGCCUCCCCAGUUUCUGCCAUGAAUACACUCAAUUUCCUCUUCCUUUAUCCACACAUGCUGUCGGACUCAUCUCCUCCUCCUGCUCCCCACAGAAUUAUCCAGAGCUAUGUGCUGAGAGAGGAGUCAGGGGCCCUCUCCUCGGAGGCAUCAGACAUUAACAAAGCCCACCUGAGCAGACGGGGAGGCAUCAUGGCAUCGCUUUACACGUCCCACCCGGCAGACAGCGGACUGACCCUGGACUUGUCGCUGGAGAUCAACAGGAAGCUGCAGGCGGUGUUGGAGGACACACUGCUGAAGAACAUCACACUGAAGGUAAGCUUAAAACAAACUUCUCAAAUCAAGAGCUAAGAAUGUCAGCAAACUAAUCAGCAUACUUCUUUUAUAUCGAUAAUAGGGGCAGUCUCCUUCAAAAAGCUCUGAUUUUGCAGUUUGAGUGUAAUUGUUUUACUUUAGACCACCUGAAUGGAUAAUUAAGUUGCUGUGUCAGUGUCAUGCAGCACCCUUGGAGCCACAGAGCCUGAUUAGACUUGACUUACGACGUUUGCAGGCACCAUUUGACAUCAGCAUAAAAACAAGUUUAGGCAGUCAGAGUUUGCCUGUUCAGUGGAAUUGAAGCUGUUCCAGAGGCUGUUUGCAGAUGAAUCAGAUUAAUGAAAAUACGCUUUUAUUGAUUCUUAAUGUCAUUUUGAAAAUACAGACGCUUUCAUUUGCACAGUUAACAUUACAUACAUAUAAUUUUUUAAUGGAAAAACUAAUCGAUAUGAAAAUGUUUUGAGGUUCAAUAAUCAAACUUUGAAACCACAACAUAGAUGAUAUAAUAUGGCUCUAAAUCAUUUACUUGAUCAGCCUAUGGUUUAUGAAAUAAGUCAAUUCAAAUCUGAUCUUUGUAAACUUGGGAUUAUAGGUAUUUGAUCAGAAUCCAAAGAAUUUGUUAACUCAACUGUUAUGACUUGCCAAUCUGCGACAGUAUCAUGACAUCCUACACCUUUGUGCUUACACGUUAAACUCCUGCGCACUAUUGACAUUUUGUUAAGGCACUGAAGAAGUGCAAGAGGUGCGACUUAUAAACACACACUAGAAGCUGCACAUACAAACAUGCACACAUUUGCACACACAGGUCCGUCCUGCGAUGCGAGCUGUGAUGCUUCAUGUUGCCACUAUUUUCCCCCUAUACUGUCUCUGCGGGCAGAUCAGAGCUGGAACAAUUUAGCCCCAUUAUUCCACCUGCACUACACACUGCAGAUCGGGUGCAACAGACACAUGAAUAUCCUGCUUUAAACUGACCGUCUAAAAAGCCUGCAGUAAUACACAGAGUAAUCUGUGUAGUUAACGUAUUCACAUGAGUAUAUGACGACCCUGAAAAAGACCUUUUGAAGACUGCAUGUUGUUUUUAUGAAGCAAACAAUCAAACAUAUUAAAUAGAAAGAGGAAGGUUGAUGUUGUUCUCAUCAUAUUUUACUAGAAAUCACCUUUUCAGACCAUUAAUUAUGGUCAUGACAUUAGAUGAAGCUAGAUUUGUAAUGCCAUAAUAGUUCAUAUAACCUGCUGUCUAUUAAUUAGAUGCUGGGUCUGAUGAUGAGACCUUGGAUCCUUUUUUAAGUCCCAUAGUCACCCAUGCAUUUUUAGAUGAUCUUUUUAUGAACACUGUCUUCAGUCUUUACUCUUUGUUGGCUGUUUGACAAUUGUUGGCUGUCUCUGCUGCAUUCAUAACUGUCUCUAUAAAAAAAGGAAUCAAUGUCUUGGGUAACCUGUCCCACUUUUGAGCUACUCUACUCUGGUCAAUAUGUCUCUUCAUCUCUCAUCUCAUACUUGGCACUGUAGCGGUGACUGGCUGCUGGCCAACCCGCUUUGUAGACAAGUGGAGCUGUCUACUGUUGAAAUGAAUAUUGGCAUCUAACCACAUAACCCUGAAUAUAUAUAAGGUAUAAUGAUGAUGUAUUUUGAUGAAAAAAAACAUCUCAGAUAUGAGCCAGUAUUGCACCAGGGUUCCAAGUUUGUGCUUACAUAAUGAAUCGUAUAAGCAUUGUUUCCUGAACAGCCUCACACCUACACCUGCCCAGGAGAUUGCAAGAUCCCCCACAUGUUUGUGCUAAAGCACUCCUGCCCAGUGUAUGAGCUGCUCAUGCAGAAUAGUGAUGGUUUGCACUGACAGCCACAAAAUGAAGACAUCUUGUGCAACCUAAAUCAACCAAAUACAGCAGCUCUACUACAGCAGCUCUUGUCUAUUUAGUACACCUUUCAAUUUAAUGCACUGAAGGACGUCAACACUGCUCACUGCAACUUUUUUUUUGUACAAUUAUUAGCUUUUUGACUUUUUAAAAAGAUCUGAAAGUGAAAAAGCUUCAUAGAAGUAAAACUUUGAGGAUAUUUUUGAUCGCAAAGUGAUCUACCUCUGGCUCAAUUGUUUGCAUUCCUCAUUCAGAAGCAGUUUCUAGUCCCGUUUCCACCACUCGACUAUUGCCUGAAAAUACACAUUUUUGGCUAGGGCUGGGCGAUAAACAGAAAAUGUACCACUACCGAAAUUUACAGCAAUAACAAACGUCAUUUUGCCCAUGACAAUAUUUUCUGUAUCAAAAAAUAGAUAAAUAAAUAAAAGUUGGUUUUGGAUGUAUGUAGGUGGGCUAUGGUCUCACGCCCCUUUAAGAUACUGUCAGAGACGUGACUCCACCCCAUCCAGUCCAUAACAAAGAGGGAAAGACAGGUGAGGAGAUGGAGGACGGAUCAAAAGUUGUAGCAGCUUGAGCGGCGGCAGAAGUAGACGAAGUUAAUGUGGGAGGGGGGAGCAGCUUGUGGUGAAGUUAGGCCUGAACGAUAUAUCGUUUGACUAUCGUCAUCGCGAUGUACGUGUGUGCGAUAGUCACAUCGCAGAGCCUGCGAUAUUGGAGGUGAAUGAACUCAUUUAAUUUCAAGGGUAACCGACUGAGAUACACUCCAUGUGACUCUGCAUGUGCUGUGCAGCGAUCCACCAAUCGCCUUAGUCCUUAACUCAGUUGCCAAUCAGACUCACUUCUCAGUUGCCAAUCAGACUACCCUGCCAGCUGUCAAUCAAAAUCAGGGAGGAGAAAACCCACCCCUGCACAUGUUCUGCACAUGGAGGGAGACGUGUGUCCGCUGAGAAUUACUUUCGGAACUUUACUCAUGACUAUUAAGCCCAACAAAUAAGAACUGUAUGGGUUUUAAAUUGUACAUUUCCGUGGACCACUCUACUAUAAGCAGUGCGCGUUUUGCGAGGUGCAUGCAAUUCUCGGAGGACAUGCGUUUCUCGGCACAACACCGCUAACAACAACAACAACAACGAUCGCAAAAUGAACAACGAACAAGCGAAAACCACCGAAAAUGAAGAUUUGUUGCCAAAAAGAUAAGGAAAGUCAGUUAUCUGGAAUUAUUUCGGUUAAAAGAAGGAUGAUGUCGACCAAAACACGUCUUCUGUGUUCAUCUGUCGCCACAAUAACGUCCCAGCACAAUAAAAGCUAAAAAUAUCUCUGAGACAGACAGAAGCCGUUCUACUAACAUUCACAAAAAGAGGUAAAAUCAGAGCAGAUUAACUGUCCUCAAGAUUUCAGCAGUGCAGCAUAACAUUAAGUGCUAUUCAGGUCAUCUGGUGAAAAUACUGUAUUUUUAAUAUCGCAAUAUAUAUCGCAGGGUUGAAAAAAUCGCAAUAUUAUUUUUUUCCAAUAUCGUGCAGCCUUAGGUGAAGUUAUUAUCCAUUUAUCAUUAUCAAGGUGAACUGCUCAAUAUAUCGUGAUAUUGAUUUGAGGUUAUAUCCCCCAGCCCUAUUCUUGGCUGUGAACAUUUCAGCAUGCUGAGAAAUGGAGAAUUGUUUAGUUUUAAUCUUCUAGCAACAGUCUGCACAACACAAACAAGCCGGUUAAAAACAUCACUUUUGUGAUGUCUUAACAGCUUCACUGCUGACAAAAAUGUUGAUGUUGGGAUGUUGAUAAAAUACCCUCCUGAUAAUAUGACAGUGUUGUUGUGGAUUUAAGUGUCACCGGAUAUGUCAAACCCGUCAUUGCUUUCGGUCCACUUGCUCGUCUGACAUUUGGGUUGUGUCUCCCGAACCUUAAAAGUCAGUUAAUGCUUCUGUCACACUGUCUGCACCCAGCCAGCCUUCACAAUGAAACUCUCCUACAGUCAUGUGAGGACAGCUUCAUUGUUCAGUCUCCUGGCAAGAAAUGUUUUUUACAGAGGUGACGUGUUGGAAACUGGUCCAUAACAAAACCACAAAACCUGCAUUAUUGAUGUUUCUAAAAAUAAACAAUAAAAAAAAGCUGUGCCCCACUGACACGUUUUCCAUCUUACUAGUUCAUGACCUAAAAUAGUUAAAUGAAACCUACUUUGACAGUAUUCAUCCUCAUUCAGCCUCCUCGUAUCUGAGUUUGGUGUAGCUUUUGCACUUGAGGCUCUCUCUGUAAUUUAAUUGAGAUUGAAUUGAACUGAACCUAUUUUCUGAUGUCUUACUGUUAAAUGAAGGAGAGGAUUCAGCCAGCCUGAUAAUCGACUUUAUCCACGAGAAAACGUAGCUCUGCUGUGCUGAGUGAACAUCCACUUCCUGAUGCAUGAUCAUUUUGCAGACGAACCUUGAUGAAUAUGUUACAUUAGCCAAGGAGCAGGAAUUUUUAACACUCAGAACUGCUCAAUUUGUCUCACACAGCUGUUUAUGUGAGUAUUUUUGGAUUAAUUUUUAAUAUCAUUUUAUUAGAAUGUCACAUUAAGUGUACUGUUUCAAGUAUAUUUAGGUAAAUGUGACAUGUAAUGCUGAAAUUAUAUAAACAGAUUAGUGAUAGCCAUAACUUAGAGCAGGGGUGUCAAACUCAACCACUGCAGGGGCCAUAAUCUGGAUUCAAGUCUAACCUGAGGGCCCAACAGGGUCGGCAUUUCACCCAAACUGUCAGCCUCCUUUUCAAAAUAUAUAUAUAUAACAAAAUCAUCCAUGUUUAUAAACCACUUGGAAAUUUAAAGAGUGAAAAAGAUCAAUUCAAAGACAAUCUGAGAUUAAAAAAAAAAAACAAUAGAUUAGUUCAGAGGAUCAAACCAGGAUAAUAAAAAUAGAAAAAUAAUCCUUUUAAAGAGCAAACACACAAGGAGAAAGUUGAAAUCAUAAGUUUGAAAGGUCAAAUAUAUGAUAUCAUUUUGAAAUCAAGAGUUUUAAGUCAAAAUAUGACUUAAAAUUUAAAAUUGGAAUCUAAAGGUUGAAAAUGGCCUAAAUCUAAAUACUGAGUUGAAAAAAAAUCAAAGCAAAAAUAAAAAGUCAAAUCAUAUUUCACUUGUAAUCUUGAGAUGCAAAAUUGGAAAUAUGGAUAAAACACAAUUUUUCCCCACAUUCUUGACUAUUUAUCAAAUCUUUCCCAGAUUUUCAUGGUUUAUUAAGGACAUUUUAAAUAAUAGUGCUAAAGUUUACAUUAUUAUCCUGAAGGAAAUGUGCAGACCUCAUACUGAUGGGUCAAUAAUAAUACAAAUAUGAUAUGAUCUCGUGGGCCAGAUAAAAUUGUUCCACGGGCCAGAUUUGGCCCCCGAGCCUUGAAUUUGACACCUGUGACUUAGAGGCUUGAUUUAAAGGAAGGUUUUGGACUGUUUUGCCUUUAUUAGGUCGUAAUGUUAAAUGUUUGGACUAGAGACAUGCAGCAGAGCCCACAGUGUCACUGAGCCAGCAACCCUUGCAAUGAUAAUGAUUGCCUCUUUAUAUGGGAUGUAUGCUUUAACCACAAAGCCAAACUGAUGUCUUCUCCUAACAUAUUUCUGCUCUCCUCUUUGCUCCAACUUGUGGAGAAAAUAUCUGUCACUUUAGAUACUGAAUGUUUUGUCUUCUUCAUGUGUUGGAAAAUUUCUCAUUUGUUAUUCUGGGAAUAACAAACACAUUUAUUUGUGCUGUUUUAGUUUGAAUACUGGUAGGGAGGAUUUGGGGUUUAAAUUUAUAUGGUGAUAAAUUGCUGAUGGAUAAAGAUGUGUUGAUUGAGUUUGAACCGGUUAAUUCAUUAAGUUAAACUAACAAUAUCAGUUAGGGGUGUCCUGAUACGAUAUUGAUAUUGGAUAUCAGUCCAAUAUCAGCAAAAAAACUAAUAUCCCAUUAUAUCGGCCUGCAUCUAAAAUCUUCUAUAUCAGCACUCUACAAGUCCAAGUCCAUUUCAGACUCUGCUUCGGCACCUCUAUCUAGCAGCACCCUGAUCCAGCCCACAAAAACACAACACCAGUUUGUACUAAGGUACUAACAAAGUAGCAAGUAGUAGGAGUGAUGUCGGCCUUGUGGAAGUAUUUUUUUUUCAAGUCCGAAAAAGACAUUGCAGCUGAGUUAAAAACUUGUAAUGCGCAAGUUUGUGCCAAUGUCAAAUCUAUAUCGGUAUCGGUCAAUAUUGAAGGCUAUAAUAUCGGUAUCAUAUCUGAAAUCAAAAUGUUGUGUCAGGGCACCCCUAAUAUCAGUGACUUUUGACCUUUUUGCUGCCAUGGCUGUAACUAAACUCAGUGUGCAGUGCAGCUUGUAUGUAUUUUCGACAUAUUGAAAAUAAGACCUGCACCGAGUAUUAAUGAAUCAAUCAAUGAAGUAGACUACAUUUUAACAUUUUUCAUACUACCAAUAUAUGGUUUAAGCUGCUUAAUAUAAAGAGGAUUUGACUUGGUAUGAAACCCAAUGGCUUUUAAUAAAUAAAUACCAGAGGUAGGGGGUCAAAAUAGCAAAACAAGAAAAAAGAUAAAAGACUCCACAAGAUAGUAAAAAAAAAAAAAAAAACCUGACCUAAAAUUCAAAGAUAAAUCCAGUAAAAUAAAGAAAACAAUACAGUUACUCAUAGUGCAACAAACGCACAAAUGUGGGACUGUUUGCAAGCUUUAGCUCUUAUUUUCUGUCUAUUUGCUGUCCUUUAUCUUGUACACAACACCUGUUUUUCCAAUGUGGGCCUCCUGAAUCCAAAAUAAACUUCAAAAGAAUUUCUUAAAUUGGCUCCAAACAUCUGAGGGGGUAACAGAUUGUGAGUAAAAGCUACACCUGGCUGAGCUGGUAAUAAUACCCAGGCCUCCAAUACUUGGGUAAAAUUAAACCAUGUGGAGUUAGAGAGCAUUGCUUGCUGACAUGAAAUACUUUUUCGUAUUUAUUGCAGUGAAAUCAAACUCUCAAGUUAUGUUUAUUGUAAAUAUUUACACUCUACCACUCACAAUGAAUGAACUAUUAACAUUAAACAGCCCCAAUGGAAAGAGUCAAACUCAUCUUAAAGGAAUAUAUUGUGUUUUUAAAAGGCUCCUAAGAGAUACAUAUUUACACAAAUCUAGAUAAGUGUGUUUGAUUCUUCAAAAAAGUGUUGAUGCUUUAUGUGCACGUAUAAAAUAAUCACCCUUUUCUGUAUGUCUCAUGACUUGUUGCAGCUUUGUGAGAGUUUGUUUGCGAUCUGCCCUCUUGUUGAUGUCGGCACAUCGGUUUCUCCGAUAAUUAUAUUUCUAUUUUUGCAAACAAGCAGCUUCCUAUUGUCUUUGUGUCAAACUUGUCUUUAGGAUACUGCAUAAAAGUCAUUAUGGGACAAUAAGUUCUGAUGUGGGAGUCUCUCUGCUGGCGACGUGUUGUUUGUUGAUGAAAAAUGAUUGGCAUAACCAGGAAGAAACAACAUAAAAAAGACUGACACGGGCACAAUAAAACAAAACGCAGUGACAGAGGCAAAUUAAGGCCCCACACUUACUCUGAUGGAUGAAUUCUUUAUUGUUAUUUUUCAAUAAUAUCUGCUGCCAGUCUCUCCAGAGCCUCACAUGAAUAUUAUUGCUGACAUACAGAAACGACACAAAAGCUCUUUUAGAUUUAUCGUCACUUUAAUGUUGUAUUUGAAUCUGAAAGUCUUUUGUUUCUCUGACAGGAGAGUUUGCAGACUCUGGGAGCCGAGAUCGAGAGGCUUAUUAAACAGCAGAGGGAUCCUGAGGACGGGAGGAGGAAGUGACACAGAGGAUCAGGAAGUAACCCCGAACAGCCGCCUUUGAAGGGACCGUAAAACUCAUUUCCCAAGAUAUGAAGGAGCAAAUUGAACGUUGAAAGUGCCAGUAGCUCCUCAGGCAUCAUACAUGGAGGACCUUGUAGAUAUCGUUCAUUUAAAGGACAUAUCUGAACUUACUUGAACUUUCGUUAUUCCAUCCACAUCGAAGCGACUCUUUUUGCUCCUCACGCACAACAAAUCUUCCUCUGACGAACCUUUAUAUCUCCUGAGCAUUGCCAAGAUGAAAUUUAGAAAAAGAAAAAAAAAAACCUCUCAGCUUGUUGUUUGGAGCUUGGGACUGUCUGCCUUGUAAAUUGACUGAAGAUGCCAUAAUCAUGAAUGUAAAGCAAAUUCUACCUGUAGAAAAAUGACUUUUUUUUUCUCCUCACCGUGACUCAAAGCUUGAAGUAAUCAAAGAUGAUCGUAGCCCAGCAUGCUCUGUACUCGUCUCAUAAUGUCUGUCAGCUCUCCAUAAGCAAAAGCAAAAGUGAAAAACAACAAAACAAUCAGGCUCAGGGGCCUCAGUGCCGCCUGCACAUUUUUCACCAUCUUCGCUGCACUUAAAAGCGAGCUGCUGAGGCGGAGGUGCCUGUGACACCUGUGAUACACUUACAUAGACAGACUGUUUUUCGAUGCAGACCAGCAGCAGUCUGCCAUCUGUGUAGAAGUCUACCUUUGUUUAGCUGUGAGACAGUGAAGAAAAUGUGUCAAAUAUGAGAUCAUUGAAAGAAUGAAAACUAGAAAAAAUAGCCACUUUGAAUGUGAUUUGUUUGUCUGUUUGUGGCUUUGAUUUUGAUUUUUAUUUAAGUUUGUCAACAACUUAGCCAUUUUUAUUUCAUACUGAGUAUUGAAGAAGUUUUGAUCCUCAGUCUAAAUUUUGUUUCUUACGUUGAUAUUUUGCAUUGUCACUAGACUUCAGCAUCAUGAUUCAUGUUUCCUUCCCUGAUAGAUGUCUGCCAGCAUCAUCAUUAUUCCUCAUUUCAAUCAGAGGGUGCAAACAUGCUUACAUGUAGCUCGUUGACUCUUUGAAAAAUGAAACAAUUGUGUGGGGAUAAGACUCAAUACUAUGUUAUUCAUAUCACACUCCUUUUUUAUUCUUCUCUAUAGUGCCACUGAAUCAGAUGAAGUAAAUCAAGAAUAGAGAGGAAGUCAAUUUGUAGCUGUGGCUCAGGAAAGCCAGUGGAACCUUCAGAAAUGUACCCAGGGACAAUGUGCAAUCUUGGUCCUUUAUUAUUGUUCUUAUUUUCUUGUCUUUUUUUCGUGUGUGAGUGAACGUGUUUGUGUGUCUGUAAAGUGUUUCAUAUGUCUGUUUUUAUGCUUGCUCAGCUGUUGUGAAUAUUUCAGUGUCAAGAUUGUGUGAAUGUGCGCGCAUGGCUGCAUGUGUGCCUUUGAUUUGGAACUUUUAUGCAUUUACACCUGGCGUGUGUGGUUCAGCCAUAAGGGCCUGCAGGCUUUUACCACUUAAACCAUGUUCUGGGUCCUUACGCCCACAGGGGUAAACACAAUUUGCAUUUAGACCAGAGUUUGCAGCCACACUGACGCACCUGCACACCUGCAGCUCGGUACGCCGCGCAGCUGCUCUGUGACUCACUGACACGCAGUCAAUACAACUAAACGUCCCUUGCUCUUCAUUUUGAUCUUGACCUCAGAAUCUGUCACAAAUGAUAAGCCUCCAUCUUAUUUUUCUAUCCCCCCCAAUUAGAAACAAGCUUUUUAUGGGUCAUGAAUGGUUUCGGGCCAAUCCCCUUCCUGUACACCCUAAGGCGAUGUUAAAAUGGCUCGCUGUGUGAAUAGAGAUGAAAGUUUCCUGGAUUGAGGUCACAGAGUCCUUAAAGCCUCCCCGCUGCUGCAGUGGGCGCCGCUGUUUGAUGUACCUCCACUUUCUCUCUACCAGAACAGACAGAAAACCUGUAGAUCCCAUCUUUAACUACUUGUCAUUAAAACUUGAUCACCUUUUAAACUAGGAACUGCAACCUUGUAUUUUUCACAUCACACAUUUGACACGUAAGGUUUUGUCGAAAACACCAGCAUGGUAUUUGCUCAUUAAUUCCCCAUAAUUCUCUAUGGCACGCCCGAUAAGCUUCUUCUGAUUUGGUCACCUUGAGGAACAAUGCUGAUUCAGAGAUUUCACACAUCCCCACAGCCUUGAAAUGAAGCUAUGCUGCAGCGUUGUGCGAGUGAAUGCCAAGAUCCUCAUUUUCCUCUCCGUAUGGAUAUGAAGAAAUGAUCAGUAUGAAUGUGACAGUAAACCAGAUGUUUUUUUGUUUCCUUUUGUCCUGUACAGUGAUCGCCCCCCAGCUCUGUUUUGUGGAAUAUUCAAACUGUGAUUAUAAAUAUACAUUUGUAAAUAAGUCACUCUGUAAAAUUACGAGAUGUUUUUAAAAAAAAGAACUGAUUCUGGAUUAUGUUUGUAUAUAUGGUGUUUCCAGGGAAUAAAAGGAGAUGAGUCUUAACUUUCCCCUCAGUGUCCUUCACUGGUCUUGACUUGUGUUUUCAGACUUUGUGUUUUGAUUUUAACUCUGCAGUAACAUCUGUUGGCCUGGUUUCUGUGUUUGCUGGUGGAGGGAGGUGUACUUAAUGUACAGAGGAUAUUUUACGCAGGGAUGACCUCUCACACACUGACUCUUUUUGUGGAAUUCAGCCUGCAGCUGUAGAUCGUCUCUUCUAGAGCAAGCAGCGUCAGCACAACUGGAGGUCAUGUGCAUCGCUGCGCCACUGUCAGUCAAAGCAGAUAAUUUAAAACUUAAUGCCAUGGGAAUAUUACAGGGUGGACUUACCUCUGUAACCUGCCAUAUUAGUUUUUGUGCUGGUGACCUAGUUUGUAAGGACACUGGGGUUAUAGAUACAGAAGCAUACGUAGAGAAGUACAUGGAGGCUCAUGCUAAGGCUGCAAACAAGCAUCAUUAAGGUACUAUAAACAUCAAUAUAUACAGUAGUUCUUGUGGGUGGGGAAAUAGUUAUCAGUAAGGACAGUAAAAUCAAAAGCUUGACAUAACCAAAAGGUUUAAGAAUUUACAUAUAAUUUAUUUUAAUAAACAAUUGAGGACAGAAAAGCAGCAAUGUUGGGAGCUGUGUUUGUAAAAUUCCUUCCCACAUGUUCAUGAAUGUGUGUUUAUGUCUUACUGAAGUCCCUCUCCAAUCGGUUUAAUUACUACUCACAGUGUUCUCAGUGGUCUUUGAUUCUGAAGUUUUUACCUAAAAAACCCAUUACCUGUGUCAUUUUCAAGGGCUUUUCUUCAGCAGAGCUCCAGAAGAUCAUUAGCAAUUUGCCUCUGAGUCGUGGGCGGAGACAGCACUGCUCUGCACACUUGCAUUAGCUUGCAAUUGCCGAUGUAGUAGAAGUGGCAGGUAACGUCGGAGCUAUUCAGCUCUCAGACACUGAAUACUUUAGGGACGAAAUGAAAGUUAAUAUCAUAAUUAGCUUUCUUACAAGCAUUGCUAUCUGCUAACACACACCCAUGUUCUGCGAUCGUCCUCUGUGUUUCUCCCUUAUAGGCAGAGUGUGGUCUGCAUAGUGGGUCUCCGGGGGCGGAGCUUGGAUUGGUUACGUAUGAAAUCUCACUGUUUCUGAACCAUAGGCUGUAUAUAGAAUUGACAGCAUCGGCCUCUUCGCUGGGUGAAGCCACUCCGAUAACAGCACCCUCUGUUGAUGGGCUGCAGUAUAGGUCAUAAAUCUCGCCUCCGCAAGCAAAGCUUAUGGGGCUGUGGACAAACUUGAGAAAUGAAUUACUCAGAACAUGAAUUUUUCUCCCCCCUGCUUGCAGCGUUGACAUGUAGUUACAGUAAGACUGGUUUGUGCUCAACUCCUCUUUUUUCUGUGAAGCUCCGUUUUAUUAGGGGGUUCAUGUUUUCUUUGAUUGACACAUGAUACAGCCUAUGAGCAUUCAGGGAUUGCGUAGCUCACCCGGGGGAUAUGCUGUUUGAGCCGAGCGUCAUCAUAGCAACUUUUGGUGAGUCUCUCGCCGAAUGUGCACAACGCUGCUGCUGCAGCGGAACCAAGUUUUCCAGUCUAUAUACAGUCUAUGUUCUGAACCUGCCGUUUGGGUCUGCCAAACAUUCACUGUGAUUUGAAUGAAUAAAUACUCAGAAAAGCAAAUUCACAUUUAGUUUUCACAUGAUAUGUCCUGUAGUAUCGGAAAAAUGCCAUUUGAACAUAUAAAAAACAAGAAAAACAUGAUUUUCAUCAGAGUGGGUCUUUAAGCACAUCUGCAGACCUUGAAUGUUUUUAUAACCUAUGGAAAAUUGUGUUGGAAAUUGAGAAAACUAAGAAACUAGGUAAUUCUCACAAAUGCAUAAAAACCUGAAGAAAGAAUAUCUCUGAAAAGUGCAGAAACUUUUCAUUGUAAGUUUUCAGAAACUUCAAAUUGUUCAGAAAAAACACAAACUGCUGUUGGCUACAAGCCACCAGCCGUCUGCAGUCACCAGCCUCUGAAUGAACAAAAAAGAAAUACUGUUUGCCAGUAAACUGGAAAAAAGAAAAUGAAUCCUUAGUUUUGUUUUUCCUUAAGAGGCAACCUCCAGGGCACUGCACAGUCUUUUUGACAAGUUCAUUCAGUGUGUAACCUCCAGAGACUUCCUUAGCUGCCACACGUGUAAACCUGUCAAAUUGCUGACUGAACAGCCAACACUCAAAUAUAUAUAUAUAUAUUUUUGUCAAUUUGAGCAUCAGCAUUUGACAAGGAAGAAGGUGUAAUACUUAAAAAAUUGAGGUAUCUGCUACAUUGAUCUUUUCUUCUAACUCUGGGUCUGACAAUUAAAUACAGUGCAGCCACUUUUCAACGACAAUGAGUCAGUUAUCAAACUGCUUUCAGUUCAAUUUCACGGGCAUAGUUCCCUGCUGUCACCACGUCCUUUUAUUCCGAACAAAAUCUGCAACUCAAGCAGUUUGUGAAGCAAUCUAAUAUCUUUACUCAUCCUCUCAUCUGGACCCUUGAAAUUAAACAGUUUCUUUCUUUUCUGUUCUUCAUUCCCACGCCUGCACAUGUGCAGACGUUUAAAGACACCUACAGACCAGCUGAUAGCUUCUGUCGUGAAAAAAAUCCCAAACCACUUAGCGGGGAAUAAGACAUUUGCUCCCUUGGACAUUCCUGUCAUGCUUGACUGAAAUUUUCCCAUUUUCUCUGCGGGCUCAACAACACACACCAGGUUGAAGUAUCCAAUUCAAGCCCGAUUUCUGAGCUGCUAUUUUUAGCUCUCUGAUAAUGGAUUCUCCUAUCAGCUAAGAUGACCACCCUUGAAUUCAUAACACAAUGCCGGUGUCCUUUAGAUGUGGUAGCAGCCAUGAAAGCAGCUCUUAGGGUGUGCAGAUAACACAACUGACCUUGCUGGACUAUUUUUGUAGAGUAUGACACAGGAGCUGUUACUCUGCAGCAUUAAGAUAUACACACAUGAAUAUGAAUGAGGCUCUGUAAUGAGCAUAAUUACAGUCCACUUACUUCCUUUGUACAGAAAUAUACCUGUCAAAUUGGAAAUAUGUAUGACUCCAUCUAGUCCGCAGAUUAGACAAAUCAACCCUCUUUUGUGUGGAGCCUCUCAGAAAUGCUUUGAUUUCAUGCCAUCAUUUUAACUCGCCUCUUCGGAAGCAUCAGUGGUGAUUUGAUUGGACUCAUUUACUUGGUUACAACACUGAAACAUGCUUGUAAUUUUUUAAUCAGAGCUGCAGAAGACACUUGAUGAUUAAAAUGCAUGAAUGAAAUUUGUUGUUUACGCCUAAACUUGAACUCCCCUCUGUUACGUAACAGGCUGCACCACUGAUAGGAGUCUGGUUAUUGUCUUCUUUAUCUUCAUGCUAAGGGGAGCAGGCAGAGUAGAGCUGCAGCCUUGGGUCACUGCUGAGUGCACAGAGUCAGCCUUGAGAGUGAUGCAGCCUUUUCAACAGGCAGGUGCUUCAGUAUUUCCAUGAACGGCUUCAGUACAGAACUCUUUUUUUAUUUCAUUACAUUCCAGCAGCAGAUGUCGACUUUACAAUUGUUAAACAGCAGCUCUGCAGCUAUUCUAAUGCUGGAAGAAUUGGGAUUAAACUAACCUUACUUUUUCUUGUUCUUUUCUUGCACUGCUCUUUUUAUUUUACACUAGUUCUUUUAUCUCUAUUGAUUUGUUUUUGUACCCAGUAUGUGUGAAAGUGUAUGGUGUGUGUCCUGCUGCUGUCAACAAUUUUAAUUUUCCCCACUGAGGGAUGAAUAAAUGAAUAACUAAUUUAAUCUUACACCUAGGACUAACCCCCUUAAACCUAACCCUAAACCUUAGGCAUUAAGUGAUUUCAGUCUGAACUUCUUAAAUAGUCACAUUUCAUGCAUAUGUAUUAAGUUGCAUCUUGCAAAACAGACUUAGGAGAAAUGAAAUAUAAUAAUCAUACGAAUGCUGCCAUCUUGCUCCCCCCGUUUUCUACAGUACCACAGAAUGGACAAACUUGUGUUGCAUGUGCAUUUUUAUAGUAAUUGGCUUUGCAAAAAAUAGAUGAAAAGGGUUGUGUUGUGCAGAUGAUAAUUUGUACUAUCAGACAUUGAUCGCUGGUAGAAAUUUGACAGAUGGGGCACAAGAUCUUCUUGCCCUCAAAGGCCACUUCUGACUUUAAUAAUGGGAGGGGUGAGCAAGGGAGGGGUUCACACCAGAAUCUGUAAUUGCUUAAUAUUCUUAAGUGGGAUGUAAAAUGUGGCGAAGUAACACAAACUAUGUGACAGAGAUCUGCUCUCCUCGUGGAUAUAAAAAGUCCAUCCUAAGGUAAGGAAACCCAACAAGUUGAUUUUUUUUUUUUAAUGGAAAUUUAUCACCAAUAGCUCCGUUAGUAGAUCUUCUGAGAAAACUAGGUGUUUUUUUCUGCCACUUAAGGUGGUCAGCAUAUGUUUACAUGAACAGUUGAGGAGCUGAAGAGGGUCUCUAACCACUGUAAUGUUUGACUGAUGUGAUACAUCAGCUUUUACAGUAAGGGGUAAAUACCCCCAGUGUCAGCUGGCACUCUUCCAAAAGGGCAAUCCUCCCUUUUCAGCCUCAGGUUGAGCUCUUGGAAACUUUGAUCCCAGAAAAUUCACUAAUUCUAUGUGUAAAGUCCACCUUCUUCAUCCCAGUUUUUGUGAAGCACUCAAAAAACAUGGUUGUUUUCAAUUCCUCAAACAAAGAGCUUGUUUACAACUAAAAAGGUUUGUUCUGCAAACUACAAACAUCUGUAUUAAAAUACUUCCAUGUGUGAGAAUGGUGGUCAGAUCUCUUCAAGCUUGGAGAAAGGUAGAUAACCUUUGAUCAAGAAGUGGAAGAUUGUAUCUUACCUUGUGUACCAGCUGUUGGGAUAGCAUUUGUCUUACUGUUUUCACUUCAAUUCUCUGACAAAUGUUCGAAAAAGGCUCAUGCAUUUGCAUUUUGUGGCCAUUUUUGCUCAUUUUCUCUAGGUUCAGCUUGAAAAAGAAGAAGAGGAUCAGGUGUCUUAGGUCUGUCAUCUCUUCAAAUGUUGCAUCAUAGUAGUGAAUGUUUCUUAAUGUGGCUGUAGUCUUCUGUCUGCUAUGCCAUCAUUCCUUGUCCACAUUAUGUAGGUAUAUGUGUUUACAUCACAAAAGUCAAAUGUUAAACAUGACAGACCACAAUCGCCCAUGAGCAACAAUUAAAGUGAGCCAAGGCAGAGCAGAUGGAGGCCGCUGAGCGCUCAUUCCACACGGGAAUCCAAACAGAUGGACACAUGAAGAGCAGCACCUGCUUCUGGCAUGGAGCUGCAACACUCACAGUAUGAGUGAGAGUGGAAAAAAAUCACAUGAGACUUCAGUCUGACUGGGUAACAUGACAUUUAUUGGCUUAGCUUUAUUAAUGAUUUACUUCAGAGACAGGUUCCGUUUUUGAGGGUUUCCUCAGAGUUAUGCUUGUAAUUGAACUUCAUUUAACCCUCACCAAAAUUAUUCAAUAUUUUUGCAUCUUUCGUAGCUUCAUUUCUAAGUCCACGACUCAGCUUGGGCUGGUGGGUUUGGCUGGCCAACCAAAUGUUGUCUUAUUUACACAUGCAUAUUCAUCAUUUAAUGUAGCCUCUUUUGAUUAAAGUCAUUUACACCUAAAUUACAUUUCAUGUCAACAAAGUUAUUCAUUAUAGUACGUCCUCUGCUUGGACUUUGCAUACCGGUGGGAAUCUGAUAAGCUAAGGUCAUUAGCAAUCAGCAAUAAUUAUCCCCAGGUGCUGACGUUUCUGUUUUCCAAAGAUUAUUAUGCUUUCCUUCCCUCUGUGUUGGAUUAACCCUCCUACAGAAAAUGACAGAAUUUGCAUAUUUUGUCGCAUAAUGGUUUUAUAAUCAUGUUUCUGCUGGAUAUCUGUUGUAAUUAGCUUAAUUUCUUAUCUCUGUUGAGAAAAAUCCCGCUUUCUGUCCUUUGUUUGACUCUUGGAGUCACAAGACGAGCUGAAUGAGACUCAUGUUUGUUUCAACGUUUUGACUGGAAGUGUUUUUUUAAUUAUGAUUUGCAGUGUAUUUAUACAAGGAUAAUGAUUAUUUAAAAGCUUUUUUGCUUAAAGAUCAUAGAGGAGAAGAAAUGUUACGGUCUGGAUGUUUCCAAUUCUUUGUGAUGAUUAGGAAGCUUGAGUCGGUCUUUGAUGGAGUGCAGAUGGCAGUAGGAGGCAGUUGACAGAUAGAAUAAUAUUCACAGUCUGGACAAGACGUUCAGUCUGUGUAAUUAAUGAAUGAAAUGAUACACCUGUAGACGCCUGGAAGGACAUUAGAGAACUUUUCAGAGUUUUACUGCAUUCUGUUGUAAAGCCAUGUUUGGUGCUCGUUUUAUUGGUGCAUUUUAAACCAAAUAAUAUUCCAAUGGAGACACUUGCACAUUAAUAAGUCUUGUAAUGAAGCAAACUGCUUUUGAUGUCUCUUUACUUUAAGUUGUCACAGUUUGGGUCACAUGACAAGUCUAAAAUGAAAAUGGAGAAGUGCUAAACUGCAGUUCCCGAAGUGUCCACUUGGAGCUGGCUCCAGAAGCCCAAGAAACCAAAUGCACCAGCUCAGAAAAACAAUCUUUUAAACAAAAAUAACCAUGUUUACCACCAGGGUUAUGCGUUUGCAUUGUUAGACAAGACGAAUUAUGACAAGAAACUGGAAUUUUUUAGAUUUUUAGUAUGAUUGUAUAAGGAAACUUUGAAUUAUUAUCAGAGAGUCCAAUGUAUCUUCAAGUAGUUUUUAAUUUGUUGAGGAAUAGACUGAAACUUAUUCUGAUGCUUAUUUAAGACCUGAUCGUUUUGCGAUUGACAUUUUGACUGCAAGAAACCGCGGGGGAGAGGGUUAGCAUCAACAGGCUGAUGAAAUAUAUCUUUAAAAUUUUCCAUUUCAAAUAUUAAAGUGAGAGAAACACUUCACUGAUUAAAGACAAAAAGAUAAGUCAAGUCUAAAAACACAACAUUCACAUGUACAAAAUGAUAGGAGUUACCACUUUGGCCAAAGGGGGCACCAGAACCGACAUAUUCCAAAAGUUCUUCACAGCAGCUUUAAAUUAACCAGUACCAUAUUUCAGCAUUCAGCUGGAAGAGAUGAAAGUGUGUUGUUCAGACAUUUAGCAACCCCAGGAUCACUAUGGGGUUGCUAAGCUAACUAGCAACAUUUUUGAUGUGCAGAUUACAAAAUUGUAGAAAUCUUCUCGUCUAACAUACCCCAAAAAAAAAGAACAAAAGAUCAAAGUGGGGCUCCUCAGUUCUUGUUCUCUGACAGUAUUGCCUCUGUUAGGGGCAGCCACUUUUAAAGUGCUGUAUUUCCUGAGGUUAGCAAUAGAAGACUUCUGGCCAAGACUCCAGUUCCUCUCUAUUGCUUAUGUUACAUGCUUGACAAGCAAAUUCAGGAUGGAGUCUAGAGUAGAAAAAUGAUGGCUGUCAGCAGUACUUUUGUGCAGAUAUCUAUUUAUACUUAGCAGCUAUGGCAAAAUCUUGUCAAACAACUGCUGAUGUGUUCAGGGAUUACAUUACAGUUAUGGGUUUCACCUCUUUUGCUCUCUACAGGGAUUUCAACCCUGCAUACAUUGCCUGCUAAAAAGGUAGAUUCUGCAUUUAUGUUGAUAUUUUGUUAGUUCGGAUUAAAAAAUGUCAAAUUGCUCCUUUAAAAUUACAGAUUUGAGAGAUAUUUUAGUAGAAUUGAUUGCAGCUUGAAUUGUGAAAGGCCUUAUAAAAUAUCCUCUUAUCCUGAGAUGUUAUACAAAUCGGAAAUAUUUCAUACUGGGUCAGAAAAGACAGACAAAAAAGGUUUGGGGAUAUUUUUUUGGUAUUAGUGCAUAAUUUAAUAUCUUCAUUUUGCUACUUAAAGGGAUAGUUUGUAAAAUUGAUCUGCUGGUAUCAAUUCAUCUUCAUUGACCCAGAGCAGACAAACUGUCCUCUUAUACACACGCAGUUAUUCUUAAAUUUGCUGAUUAGCUUUUCCAUCUGUGAGCUCACUGCUGGUCUGCCAAAACACAAACUCCCUGCCAAACAAACAAAGCUCAAAAAUGAAAGGGGUCUUUGCCAACAAGAGGCCUACAAUGAUUCUCUGCUCUGCUGCUGUUUUUUUUUUUCUUCUUCAAAAAGCUGGGUCCCAUUCAUACGCAUUAGUUUAGCCAAUCAUAUCCGAACACUGUUCGUGAGAAAAAACAGCUGAGCUCAGAUCCAUUCAGUAUUUUUUCAGUCUAAUCAGGAUGUGCAGCUUGGCCCCCUCAGGGAGGGCAUCAUUAGCACAGCGCAUCAUGCUGAUGCAUUUUAAAGACGUCCAGCUAACAGCUAAUUCAUAUUCCUGAUAUUCCUGAGAAGGGACUCCUGUACGAGCCACUUUAUAACACCAGCUGUCAUCGAAUUUAUUAGAACAAUUUCUGUGGGCUUUUAGAGCGAGGAGGAGUGGAUGAUGAAACAUUAAAAUAGCAUACUGAAGAGGACAUCACUCGAAGAGCUAAACACAGAGCUCAAAGACAUAUUUCAGCCUGGCUGGAUCUUAUGCUAUUUUAUCAUUUUGGUCCUAGUGAAGGUUAAAAUAGUUUUAAUAACCUUGAAGGAGCAUUUUUAUUAAACUUUUGAUCAAAGAUAACCCGUGAAAACAGCUUUAUGAUAUGUUUGCAGCCAGGAAAUAUAACCCUGGAGAUGCAAUGUCUUCUGACAGAGACUUUAGCAUCAAUCUAAUGAAAAACCAAAUCUACUUGCAUUACAGUGAAAGUAGGAUCCAGUGUUUAUAAGCUGUCAAACCUAAAGGUCAAAGAGCACAGAUUAACAGAUGUUAAAUGUACAUAUAAACACCAAUAUGAACCAAACUAAUUCAAGUUAUUAUCCACUCCUUCUAAAAGCCCAAAGGCAACAUUGCUUUAGUUUUUUUUUACAAUGUACAGAGGCUUUGAGUAGCCAUGCAUACACCUUACUUUCUAUUUCCACAACAGGUAACUUUCAGCUGUUUUCAUGAGAUCUCAGCUGGUUCCCAGAGCUGCAGAAGCUCAAAACCCUAAAAAGAGACUCAACUCACCUCGUUUGUGAGGGCAAUAGCAGCACGAUUAUGUCAUUGUCUUGCCAAUCACAGAGUCCAGCCCAUUGGUUUGUUUACUAGAUCAUGAGAAAAUAAGCCAAUCAUGUGAAAUAAAGAGGUAAAUUUAUCUGAUGUACAGUAUGUAAAAAUUUAGUUUUUCCUUCUGAAUCAAAGAGAAAAUUAGUUGGGAUCUGACAAAAACUAGAUUGGAACUUAUUCAAUUAAAAAGGGGAACUAGUUUUUUCCCAAAAUUUUGAGAUAAAUGGGUCGAGGUUUCCAGAAAGCCUACAGAAGUGUUAUCAUUAUAUUGGAAAAUAGGGUGUAUAAAAUGUAUGGAAACAUGUCCUCUGUCCAGAGCAAAUAAAAAUAUAGCAGUUUUGGGCUGUACUUUACAAACAGGUGCAACUGAAUGUAUUUUUGAACAUGGCAAUAUUAAAUUGAACAUGUGAACACUUCAAUCAUGACAACGAAUUGAGCACAGGUGUGUAUCAAAUCUAAGGUUGAAAAAUCAGACUUAAGUGACUCAUCUCUCCACAGGGGCCAAUCAGAUUCCAGCUGCUCCCAGCAGCCCAACAAUCACACACUUCCAGCAAAUGGCACAAAUCCUGCACAACACAGCUGUACUGUUUACCUCUGGUGUCAUUUUCUCCCCAGGUUGUUUGUGAAGAAAGCCGUGCACACAGAACAGAGUGAAACUAUUUCUUUUAGGGCUUUUAAGUGAUAAGGUUUAAGGUAUAGGUGGGAAUAGAAAUCCAAAAAAAAGCCCAAACAGUAUCAUUAACAAUAGAACAUCCUUUUAUUUCACAGGAGUAAACACACCACCUGACAACAGCAUGUAAAGCUUAAAGGAGAAAGACAAAGAGAGAGGCUCAAAUUCCUCAUUUCAGUACUAAACACCACUUAAUCUAAUAUGUACAAAGAGAGUGGGAUUCAGCCCCACGAUUAAUCACAGAGUUGUAAAAGGACAGCGUGGAAUAAAUACACUUCUUUUUUUAUUUACAUUAAUGUUUAAUAUAAACAAAUACCUGCUGUACAAAUUGCACUUGUCGAUGGCCGUGAGGUAAAACGGUGGAACACAUUGUGAGCACUACAGGACUACAGUACAGUCACCCCGACAAACAGUCUAUCUCAGCCUGUCCAGAGCUUAAAUAUUAGUUACGGUGCGCCUGAGGCGUCAUUUUGGGAAACAAUUUUCAUCCAGACUUAAUUUAAAGGAUAAAAGUACAUACCUACUUCUUUGAAUUGAAUGUUUUAGUACCUGCGUCUGCUGUUUUUAUCUUUUAACUCAAUCCCCCUAACUCCAUUUUAAGGUCGCUUUUUUGGUGAAUUUGAUGAUCUAUCUAAACUUUCAAGAUAUGCCCAUUUUACCCUGGUUCUCAAUUUCAAAUAUGGCUUUGAAAGACAUAAAAAUAGGCUCAAUUAUGCAAGGUACGACCCGUGCGCAAACCUUUCCCAAAAUGUCCUCAUGUUAAAAAAAGAAAACGCCUGUUUUAGUCCACAUUUCUUGUGAUCUCACGAAAAGUUUGUUCCUAAUGUUCCUUCACAGCUGAGAUUCAGAGUGUGACAGUUUUACGCCCCCCACCAGGCUGCUGUCACUGUUAUCCAAAGUGCCGCAAUCCGACCACAUCCCCAGCGCGCCGGGCUCCAGAGCCGUGACAAACCCACCGGAGCACCGAGACAAGUCGCAGGAGCUGAUGUGCAGCCUGCGGUCGGCCUGUCUCGGGCAGCACAACAGCCUCUUGAAAGCCUUCCUGAAGUCCGGGCUCCGGCAAUAAAUGAUGGGGUUAAAAGCCGAGUUCACGUACCCCAGCCAGUUUAGGAACACGAAAAGGUCCUUGUCCACCAUAUCCGCGCUAAACACCCGCACCACAUUGACAAUGAAGAAAGGCAGCCAGCACAAAGUGAAUGUCCCCAUGAUGAUACCCAGCGUUUUAAGCGCCUUCUGCUCCCUGAGUGCGAGGAUCUUGGACGGCCUCUUCUUGCACUUGGAGGUCAGGCCGGUUAAUGUGUUGUGAAACCUACCCUCGCACUUGUCGAUUUUCCUCAGCUGCUUUUUGGCCUCUCUGUACACUCGGGCGUAAACAAAAAUCAUGACUAGAAGUGGAAUGUAAAAAGAAAUGAUGGAUGAGGAGAUGGCGUACGCUCUGUUUGUGACAAAGUCGCAGCAUUCAGGGUCCUCGUAGCAGGCUGUGUCCACGCUGUCCCGGGACCAGUGCAUGAGUAUGGGGAGGAAGGACACGAGCGCAGAGAUGGCCCAGACUAUGCACACCACCGCUUUGGCGCGAGCUUUGGUUAACAAGCUUUGGUAGCGGAAAGGCGACGUGAUGGCCACAUAUCUGUCUAUGGCGAUAACGCACAAGGUUUCGAUGCUGGCGGUGACGCAGAGGACAUCCACAGAGAUCCAGAAUUCGCAGAAAAAAGAACCAUACUGCCAGGAGCCGCGCACCUCGAGCGCGGCGCCAAACGGCACCACCAGCAGCCCCAUAAUAAGGUCCGCACUUGCCAGGGACACAAUGAAAACAUUAGUGAGCGUCUGCAGCCUUUGAGUCCGGGCUAUAGCUAUAAUCACAAGAAUAUUCCCAAAUACGAUGCACAGGACGAUCAAACCCAUCACCAGGCUCAUCCCUGCCAUCCACUGCUCGGACGCGGCCGUAUUGGAGCCCGGUGCGUCCGACGCUCCGUUCCUGGAGCCAUUCUGGAAGUUCACCGGCGAGGACGCGCCACCGUCUCCCAUGACGGGCUGCUGCGCUGAGUGUCGGACCAGGAUGGGUUCAUCCAGGCAAGUGCAAGGCAGCUUUCUGUCUGUCUGCACCAGCCUCUGGUCUCUACCCCCGUCGCGCACCAACUCCACCUGGAGCUCCUCUCUCUGCUUCAGCCU